AUGGCGGCGGAGCAGCAGCAGUUCUACCUGCUCCUGGGCAACCUGCUCAGCCCGGACAAUGGCAGCCGGAAGCAGGCCGAGGUGAGCGAGCCGGGGUGCGGCAGGGUAUGGUGGCCGGGUCCCCCUGCUUGAGGCGGGAGUAUGUGUGUGACUGAGCGCGGCCCACGUGUGAGUCCGGAGCGGCCGGCACCUCCCCGAGCGGCACGGUGCGCCCUCACUGCACAGCUUCAUCAGCAUUCAACACCGCACAACUUUAUUAUCACUCACACACCGCGUGCCGCCCGCCCGGCCGGCCGGUCACCAGCUCACUCCCUGUCCGACACCGCGCCAGCAUGCAGCCUGGCAGAGCGUCAGGGGAGCCGGAUAUAGCCCGAUACACCCCCUGUCUGCCUCCUGUCACCAACUACAUGCACCAGCUAAUAGUAUACCCACUGAGUACACCAUCACCAUCCUGUUACAUAUAGUAUACCCACUGAGUACACCAUCACCAUCCUGUUACAUAUAGUACACCCACUGAGUACACCAUCACCAUCCUGUUACAUAUAGUAUACCCACCGAGUACACCAUCACCAUCCUGUUACAUAUAGUAUACCCACUGAGUACACCAUCACCAUCCUGUUACAUAUAGUAUACCCACUGAGUACACCAUCACCAUCCUGUUACAUAUAGUAUACCCACUGAGUACACCAUCACCAUCCUGUUACAUAUAGUACACCCACCGAGUACACCAUCACCAUCCUGUUACAUAUAGUAUACCCACCGAGUACACCAUCACCAUCCUGUUACAUAUAGUAUACCCACUGAGUACACCAUCACCAUCCUGUUACAUAUAGUAUACCCACCGAGUACACCAUCACCAUCCUGUUACAUAUAGUAUACCCACCGAGUACACCAUCACCAUCCUGUUACAUAUAGUAUACCCACCGAGUACACCAUCACCAUCCUGUUACAUAUAGUACACCCACCGAGUACACCAUCACCAUCCUGUUACAUAUAGUAUACCCACCGAGUACACCAUCACCAUCCUGUUACAUAUAGUAUACCCACCGAGUACACCAUCACCAUCCUGUUACAUAUAGUAUACCCACCGAGUACACCAUCACCAUCCUGUUACAUAUAGUAUACCCACUGAGUACACCAUCACCAUCCUGUUACAUAUAGUAUACCCACUGAGUACACCAUCACCAUCCUGUUACAUAUAGUAUACCCACUGAGUACACCAUCACCAUCCUGUUACAUAUAGUAUACCCACUGAGUACACCAUCACCAUCCUGUUACAUAUAGUAUACCCACCGAGUACACCAUCACCAUCCUGUUACAUAUAGUAUACCCACCGAGUACACCAUCACCAUCCUGUUACAUAUAGUAUACCCACCGAGUACACCAUCACCAUCCUGUUACAUAUAGUAUACCCACCGAGUACACCAUCACCAUCCUGUUACAUAUAGUAUACCCACCGAGUACACCAUCACCAUCCUGUUACAUAUAGUAUACCCACCGAGUACACCAUCACCAUCCUGUUACAUAUAGUACACCCACCGAGUACACCAUCACCAUCCUGUUACAUAUAGUAUACCCACCGAGUACACCAUCACCAUCCUGUUACAUAUAGUAUACCCACCGAGUACACCAUCACCAUCCUGUUACAUAUAGUAUACCCACCGAGUACACCAUCACCAUCCUGUUACAUAUAGUAUACCCACCGAGUACACCAUCACCAUCCUGUUACAUAUAGUAUACCCACUGAGUACACCAUCACCAUCCUGUUACAUAUAGUAUACCCACCGAGUACACCAUCACCAUCCUGUUACAUAUAGUAUACCCACCGAGUACACCAUCACCAUCCUGUUACAUAUAGUAUACCCACUGAGUACACCAUCACCAUCCUGUUACAUAUAGUAUACCCACCGAGUACACCAUCACCAUCCUGUUACAUAUAGUAUACCCACCGAGUACACCAUCACCAUCCUGUUACAUAUAGUAUACCCACUGAGUACACCAUCACCAUCCUGUUACAUAUAGUACACCAUCACCAUCACUCUGUUACAUAUAGUAUACCCACCGAGUACACCAUCACUGUUACUAUACUAGAAUAUACCCACUGGCACCGAGUACACCAUCACUCUGUUACCAUAUAGUAUACCCACCAAGUACACCAUCACCAUCCUGUUACAUAUAGUUCACCAUCACCAUCACUCUGUUGCAUAUAGUACACACACUGAGUACACCAUCACUCUGUUACCAUAUUAUAGUAUAUUCCCAGAAUACAUCAACCUUCUUCCUUAGAGUAUCCACAGAGUACACCAUCAUCAUCCUGUUACUAUGUUCUCAAUGGCUUUACAGUCUGAGUUCAGACUCAGUACAUCUCUCUGAACUAAUGUUCUAAUUCUCUAAGUCAGGGAUAGGCAACUUUCGGCACUCCAGUUGUUGUGGACUACAUCCCCCAUAAUGCAAUUACACACAUAUUGCUGGCAAAGCAUCAUGGGAGGUGUGGUCCAAAACAGCUGGAGUGCCGAAGGUUGCCUAUGCCUGCUCUAAGUAUUCCAUGUGCUUUCUCUAGCUACAAGCUCCAGUAACUAGGGGACCGACAGAAUGCUCCUUCCUGGACUGCUGUCAUAUAAACACCUCCCAUCCAUUGCAUGGCAUUAGACAUGUCACUUUCUGCUUUAUACUGACCCGGAUUAACUUCACUUUUACUUUAUUAUACAUUUCUACUACCUACUUUCCUUAAGAACUUUAUUCAGAUCUUUAUAGUUUUGCUCCCUACUCAUCUGGCGAUAUCUUUGUGAGCCAUUUCCUGCCUCAUGCCAAAAUAUUCUGUUGAACAUGCAUUCACAGUGAAUGAAUGUCAGUGACUCAUUCUUUCAGUAAAGUUUGCAGUGCUUUAUCUGAAUGAUAUAAAGCAUAUUGUUGCUUUUUAUACAGUGCCAAAUGCAGUACAUGUUUUAAUUUUUAUAACUCAAUGUGGAUCAUGGCAGCAAGUCAUGCUUCAGACAUUCAGUAUUCUCAGCGAAAACGUUUCACAGUAAAUCCUUAUAAAGUGACUUAAUCCUUUUCCAGCCGGACAUAUUGUGUAGUUUGGAAGGGAAUCUCUUUUGAAUGGCCCUAAAUUCCUGUCUCUGCACAAUCUCACUGACUGAUUCUUUCAUGACUAUCUCCUCACACAGCACAGUUCAGCAAAUUCUUUUAUCUAACAAUUGAGCACAAUCCCCCUUUAAAUCUAGUCUGUACAAUUUAGUCACCUCAUCGUUGCACUGCGCUAUAUAUAUACAUACAUGCACACACACAAUCUUAAAUAACUUAAUGCAUUAUGUUCAUAAUAAUCCACUAAACAUAUUUAAAACUUGUUAACAAGGAAUAUUUUAUUUUUCAAUGUUUUAUUUAUUCCUACUAAUAGCAUACACAUGUGAAAUAACACACUUUCCCCAAUAGAAAGUGACGUUGAAUAAUUUUUUUCAAUUAAAACAAUGCAUAUAUAAACCAGAACACACUGUGAAUUUUUGAUGGACUUGGCAUGAGUGUGUGUGUAUAAUUUUAUUUUUAUUAUUUGAGAGAGAUACUUGGCACUAUAUUUUUUUCCUUAGGUGAUUUCAGUCCAGAAAUUUUGCUGUGGUUGACUAAGAAAAUGUAUAGCAGCCAAUUAUUUAUACAAAAAUAGUUUUAAUAUAUUUAAGUUGCGUUUUUAUGGAAUCAAGCUACCAUUGAGCAGUGGUGUAUUUUAGAUUUGUGCUACCCUAGGCAUAAUGGAACUCGGGCACCCCCUAAUUUGAAUUUGCCCCACCCCUUCUCAUUGAGGCCACACCGCUUCCUGUUAAAGACUAACACUCACAAUUACUCAGACACACACAUUGGCUGACACACACUGAUGUACUCACUCAGACAUACACACAUUGACCAGACUAAAACACACAUUGACCAGACUAAAACACACAUUGACCAGACUAAAACACACAUUGACCAGACUAAAACACACUCAGAUACACUGACAUACACACUGACCAGACUAAAACACACUUUGAUAUUGACGACAGGCACACACUCAGAUACCCUGACAUACACACUGAUUUGACCCAAUCACUCAGGCACACACUGACAGACACACUCACAGUGUGUGUGAGUAACAGACACACCAAUUUAGACACCCAGGCACACACUAGGGCUGAUGGCCAGGGUGUUGGGGCUGCUGGGCAGAAGGCGGGCAUGCAUGCGGGUGGGCGCACUGAUAGACUCACGACGACAGACACAAACAUUCAUGAACAGACACACUGACAGAUAUACACACACACAUACAUACACACACGCAUUCAGUGAUAGGCAAAGGUGGCUAGCCGGCCAGCUUUUGGGCCCCCAUAAAACAAGACUGAAAAGGCAUUGCCUGGGCAUCUGGGGGCGGCAUUUUUUUGCCCCCUAGAAAGUGCCGUCCGAGGCAGAUGCCUUGUCAGCCUUGUGGUACAUACAUCACGACCAUUGAGCAUCUUUAGUUUGUCAGAGAUUCUUUGUCAAACUCAUUAUUUUUACCCUUUUGGUCACCAUUAAAAAAAAAAAAAAAAAAAAAAAGACACUAUAAAACUGAGGGGGAAAAUUGGUGUUCUUUACUUUGUUAUGCCCUACCGCCCUAACUAAAAAGUUAUAAUAAAAAAAAAUAAUCACCUGUGAUAAUGUGCAGAUCAGCCUCCUUCUGGCAACCUGUCUGCCACUUCUGAGAUUAUCACUCCAAAUUCUAUUAUCCAGUUAAAUGCUUCUCGUAGAGAAGCAUUAGGGACCUAAUGGGAUUGCACAUCAAUAGUCCUGAUGAGCCAUUUGUAUACUUAUGAUACAGAACUAUUGAAAUCAAGAUCUUUACAGCAUUUAGCAAUGAGGAAUAUGAAGGCUUUCAAUGAGGAAUUGUCCCUAGUGGCUGUUUAACAGCUGCUAGAGCUAUGCUUAUGGUCAAAUGUGCACAUGGCCACAAAAAAAGGAACGGAGUCAAUUAGAAUUCUUGACAAUUCACACGUUGAAUUUAUCACCAUUUUCUUUCAGAUGUCCUAUUUUGUUUUGGUGACAGCUCUACAAUACUUACAUUUUACUUUGUUCCUACAUUGAAGGUUAAAUGUUGAACUCAUCUUGAAAUAGAGAACUUUUGCUAAUGAUGCUCCUUUCUAAUUAUGGUAGAACUAUGUGUAAGACAAACAGUUUAAAGGGAUUCUGUGAUAGUGCACUGUAGGGAAAGCAGAGUUGUUCUAGUUUUUGCCCAUGCUAGGAAAUUGCCUCCGCUAAUCCCGACUUUCCGAUUACCUUUAAUGAAAUAUACCCCUCACUGCUAGAAUUGUUACAUAAUUUACUCUGUAUUAAUCUGAAAAUAUGAUUUUUACUGAUGAAGCUGAUAGCAGCUGCCGUGGACUUUCUGCAAUGUGCAUAGGUUGCUAUAGUGUUUCGUGCCCUUUUUAAAUCAGUUUGCAAGAAUAUUGGGUAAAUAGCUCAGCUAACUAAGCUUGCUAAGAUACUGAAUUAUCCCUUCUUUGGUUGUAACUAUUUUCCCUGUUGAAUGUUUUCAGUCACUGGUAGUGUUGAAUAAUAUGAUAAAUCUGAGUCAAAUUAUGAUCAUUAUAGAGAGCCGUCAAAUUACGCAGCGCUUUACAAUGGGUGGACGAACAGAUAUGUAGUUGUAACCAGACAAGUUGGACACACAUGAAUAGAGGGGUUGAGGGCCCUGCUCAAUGAGCUUACAUGCUAGAGGGAGUGGGGUAAAAUGACACAAAAAGGUAAGGAUAGUAUUAGACUAGUGACAGUUGCAGAAGAGGAAUCAGUCAGGAGCUAUUAACAGUUUAAUUGAUACGCUUUUAUGAAGAAGUGGGUUUUUAACUAUUUUUUUUGAAGGAGUGGAGACUGGGUGAGCAUCUAACGAAGGAGGGUUGCGAGUUCCACAGAAGGGUGAGGCAUGGGAGGUGCGGGCGGACAGGAAGAUGAGCCUCGCAGCUGCAUUCAUUAUGGACUGUAACGGCGCUAGUUGGGAGCACGUAAGAACACUGAGAAGCGGAUUACAGUAGUCAAGGCGAGAAAGGACAGUGGAAUGGACCAACACCUUAGUCGUAUCUGGCGUUAAGUAGGGGCGGAUGCGCACAAUGUUUUUGAGAUGGAAAUGACAGGAUUUGGCGAUAGCUUAAAUAUGAGGCUUGAAGUAGAGGUCGGAGUCAAAGAGAACACCUUGGCCGCGAGCCUGUGUGGUGGAGCUGAUGGUAGCACCGUUGACUUGUAGGGAGACAGACAGAGGAGUAACAACACUUGAGGGAGGAAAAACCAGAAUUUCAGUUUUGGUCAAGUUUAGUUUAAGGAAGUGGGAAGCCAUCCAGUUAGAAACAGCAGAGAGGCAGUUAGAGACACUAGUCAAGAGGGACGGGGAGAGAUCAGGAGAGGACAGAUUUGCGUGUCAUCUGCAUAGAAAUGAUUUUGGAAGCCAAAGGAGCUAAUAAGUUACCAAGGGAGGCAGUAUAGAUGGAGAACAGUAGGGGACCAAGGACUGAACCUUGGGGGACACCAACAGAGAGGAGUUGGGGAGAAGCAGAGCCAGAGAAAGAAACACUGAAAGAGUGCUGGGUGAGGUAAGAGGAGUACCAGGAUAGAGCAAUAUCUUGUAGACCGAUAUUGCGGAGGAUGAGAAGAAGCUGUUGAUGAUCAACAGUGUCAAAAGCCGCAGACAGGUCAAGGAGAAUUAGGAUAGAGUAGUGACCACGAGAUUUUGCAGCGAGUAGAUCAUUGGAUUCUUUGGUCAGUGCCGUUUCCACGGAGUGCUUAGCGCUGAAACCAGACUGAAGCGGGUCUAGCAGAGAGUUGGACUCGAAGUCUGUCAAUCUCACAUAUACAACUUUUUCAAGGACCUUGAAUGCAAAAGGCAGUAGCGAGAUAGGACGAUAGUUGGAUGGGGAGUUAGGGUCAAGGUAAAUUUUGUGGGCUGCGCGCCGCACGUAGCGUUGCCAUGGUAACCCGUGGCAACGCUCUGAUGGCCGCGGGACACGCAAGAUUUACGUAGAGGAGCUGCUGGGAUGGUAAGUAACAGCUUGCUGCGGGCCCCCCCAGGACCGCCGGGCUUGUAAUGGGCCCGGCAUUCCUGUUAUGUAUUAUCGGCAAUAUCUGUAUCUUUAUUGGCCGAUAUUGCUGAAAAUACCGAAUAUCGGCCAGACCAAAAAUCGGUCCAUCUCUAAUACAUAUCGGUCAAAAUAAGAUGGGAAUCUGUCAUUUCACUAUGUUUGAGAAGGAGGAAGUUGUGUGGCUUCCUUGCGGUCUGACAAAGUCAUGUAACUAGUGUGCAGCUUGCUGAGUGUGAGUCUAUGCUGUUAAAGGAUCACUAUAGUGCCCCAAGGGUGCCACUCCCGCUGGGCUGAAGGGGUUAAAACCCCUUCAGCCACUUACCUUAAUCCAGCACCGGGCUCCCUCGGCGCUGGUGACCUCUCCUCCCCCGCCGUCAGCUCCCGAGCGGAAUGCGCAUGCAUGGCAAGUGCCGCGCUCAUUCAAACAGUCCAUUGGAAAGCAUUUCUCAAUGCUUUCCUAUGGACGUUCUGCGCGCUGGAUGUGAAUUUCGCAUCCAGCGUCGCAAAUGCGCCUCUAGCGGCUGUCAGGAAGACUGCCACUAGAGGUUGGAUUAACCCUGCUAUGUUUACAUGUGAAGGGUUAAAACCUGAGGGACCUGGCACCCAGACCACUUCAUUGAGCUGAAGUGGUCUAGGUGACUAUAGUGUCCCUUUAAAGAUGCAGUCUCAAGAAGUAUAAUUAUGAACUUUUGGGGAAAAGAGUAACCUAAUUAUGGCUUUGUGGUUCAGGAAUAUUGAACCAAUUGUGAGUUUUCAAGAGUUUUUGAAAAUUUCUUGCAGGUGUUAAAGGAACCCUUCAAACACCAUAACCACUACAGUGAUAUUAAAUGCUUGAUACAUAAAAUGCUUCCUGUGGUUCAAGUGUGCCCUCUCGAAUAAGAAUUUAUUUAAUAUUUUAUUCUACAAGAGCAAAUGUUUUAAUUAGGAGAAGAAAAUAAGCUUAUGAAAAUGUAUAAUAUCUUUCUUCAUAUAUAGAAGUUUUUUAGGAAAGUUUUAUAGAUGGUGCAGUUAAUGGUGUUAAAAUAAAUAAAAAGUUCAAAUUGUCCAUGUCAAGUGUCUUAUUACAAACAUUUGUCUGAGGUGCUUCUCAUGUCAGAUGUAGUGGGAAAGUGUGAUGCUUGAUUUUGCAAAGUGGCUAGCUGUGUGGUUAGUACGUGAUUAAAAGGCCAGUAAGACAGGAGAAAGAAGAAAAAGGGAGAGAUGAAAAGUUCAUUCACAAAUAAACUUUUGAUAGGAACUGUACUUAUCACGAAAGUUAUUUCAUAGUAAUCAGUCAGUUUCUAUAGGCCCUGUUGGGAUGGUAAUUUUGUCAUAAAAAUGAAUGCGUCAAUUUCUUAAACAUAAUACAUUUGGUAAAGCUAGAACUAUAGAAAGAGGGAAGUGCUCAUGCCAUUGUACAAAAGACUGGUGAGACCUCACUUGGAGUAUUGUACACAGUACUGGAGACCGUAUCUUCAGAAGGAUAUUGAUACCUUAGAGAGGGUUCAGAGAAGGGCUACUAAACUGGUUCAUGGAUUGCGGGAUAAAACUUACCAGGAAAGGUUAAAGGAUCUUAACAUGUAUAGCUUGGAGGAAAGACGAGACAGGGGGGAUAUGAUAGAAACAUUUAAAUAUAUAAAGGGAAUCAACACAGUAAAGGAGGAGACUAUAUUUAAAAGAAGAAAAACUACCACAACAAGAGGACAUAGUCUUAAAUUAGAGGGACAAAGGUUUAAAAAUAAUAUCAGGAAGUAUUACUUUACUGAGAGGGUAGUGGAUGCAUGGAAUAGCCUUCCAGCUGAAGUGGUAGAGGUUAACACAGUAAAGGAGUUUAAGCAUGCGUGGGAUAGGCAUAAGGCUAUCCUAACUAUAAGAUAAGACUAGGGACUAAUAAAAGUAUUUAGAAAAUUGGGCAGACUAGAUGGGCCGAAUGGUUCUUAUCUGCCGUCACAUUCUAUGUUUCUAUAGGAAGUUGAAUAAAUAAAAAUAAAUAUUAAAGAUUAUGCCACUGAGCGUGACUUCCUUUUGCAUACCUGCACUUUGUCUUUUAUAUUUCUUAAUAAAAAGAUUUUACACCAGAAACAAUACACUUGAGUGACAAUGAAAGGGGAUAUAGAUCCUUAUCCCAACGUUUCAGCAAUUUCUGCUGAAUUUCUCAAUGGACAUGCUGGUAAACUAUUUGCCAUAUAAGUAGUACGUUUUUCUAUAACAUCAAAACCGAGAAUAUGAAUGAGCAACAGCUGAGAAGACUCAUAAACUUCCUCUUUGGUUAGUCCCCACUCAAGUCUCCCAAAAUGUUUUUGCUCACUUGUGCCAUCACAAAGCGAACCUAGAUCAUUUGCAUGUCAGACUGAUUGCACCCAUAAGGGCAGUCCAGAAACAAAAUGCUGGCAAGUUCUCUCUGCAUAAGGGAUAUAGCAACCUCAGACAAUCAUUUGGCCGUCUUAGGGCAUUGUCAGCAAGGUGUAGCUGACACCACUCUAGGCACAGUGUCCAUUUCAAGAUUACCCUUUUAGCUUAGGUAGAGCUUGAGCAAAUGCAUUGCAACAAAAACUGAGAACGAGCAAAAGUUUAGAGACACUCAGUAGCUUACAGUUUAAUCCCUGCUCAGGUCUCAAAAUUGUUUUUGCUCACUUGUACCAUUAGCUUAUUGGACUGAUACCACAGAUUUUGUUUUCUAUAGUUUUAUUUUUGUGAAUUUGAGUUGAUUUUGAUAGUAGUUUGCUUUGUACAGGUUUUUAUUAAACUGUAUAUUGGCACCUUAUUUUUUUUCUUUUUACGUUUCUGCAAAUGUGUAUGUUUUUAACAAUUUCAUAGAUAUGCUAAAUAUAAUUACAAGGUAUGCCUCCUUGCCAUCUUCAUUGCUAAAAAAUAAAAUGUUUUGAAAGCUUAAACCAGAGCAUGCAACGGUCUCCUAAUAGAAAAAGAUUAUAGGCAAAAACAUAUGCCUAGCCUGAAAAGGAUGUGCGAUGUGGCGAGUAGAAACUUCACUGGGGUUUGAGUCUUUUUUUUUUGUUUGUUUUGUUUUUUUUUUUUGUUUUUUUAUGGUUCGCAAAAAAAAAUUUAUUCACACAUUUUCUACAGCACAUACAUUUAGAGAUCUGAUCAUAAUCACACUUUUGCAAUUCCUUCAGUGAGCACAACCAAAUUCUCCAACUAUAAUUAGGUUACUUUAGUAUUUUGAUUAUUUUAACCCCUUAAAGGACCACUAUAGGCACCCAGAUCACUUCAGCUUAAUGAAGUGGUCUGGGUGCCAGGUCCAGAUAGGAUUAACCUUUUUUUCUGUAAACAUAGCAGUUUCAGAGAAACUGCUAUGUUUACCUAUGGGUUAAUCUAGCCUCUGGUGGCUGUCUGAUUGACAGCCGCUAGAGGGCUUCCGCGCUUCUCACUCUUUAUAUCACUAUAUAUACCUAUACAUAAAUAAAAAUAAUUUGUGUGUGCAUUACUACUUUAUGUAGUCAUCGAAAAUGUACAACAGUGCGAUGGGAUAGCAAAAUAGGAGACACGCAGGUUUCGCAAAAUCGGCAACAGCAAUAUUAUUAUAAAUGAAUGUAAACCUAAACAAUAUUAACAGAAAGUAGUACAGUAUCAGUAUUGGUAAAUUCGUUAUGUUACAUGCAUUCAAUAAUCAGACGUCUGCAUCCUAUGGUCGUACAUUAAGGGGUGAGUGUGUCACCUCUGGGUGAGCCAGGUAGUGACUGUGUAGUACGUGGCCAAGAUUCGCCUGUUAUCAUGAUGAUUGCAUAUAGCCUAGGAGUAUCUUCUAGGCAGGUAGGGGCCACUAUAGCGUCUGUGGUAUAGCUAACCUGAAGUUUUAAUUCGUAGAGGGGACUCGUCGUCCCAUACAAUAUUGAUAUAGUGGGUUUCCAUUGGGUCUUAUUUCAUUUGGCUGCGCACACCUUGCGCUGGCCCUGUUUUGUCGUACGGGUGGUAUAAUCUGUUGGGUCAGUCUAUAAUAGUGGGCAGUAACGAGUUAGCGGAGCAUCCGUAUAACACCUGAGGCCCAAACCUGCCAUACCCUCCUGUUUGACUGCAGUUGAGACUAGUGUGCACGGUCAGUGAGGUCAGACUCUUGCGCGAGGGCAGGGUGUAAAAAGGAGAACACGAUGACAGGAGGGGAUUGGGGAGAGAGGAAAGAAAAGGGGGGGGGAUCUCGAGGAGCACCAGCAGCGUGCCCGUGGUAUUUUCGGAUCCGUGGUGUUCCGUGCAGUUCGGUGUCACCCGCCCUGGGGUGCGGAUGGAGGGGGUACCCUUCACGGGCCACGCCCCCGCACCCUGCCCAGCCACGGCCGCCACCUCAACAUGCUUCUCCUCCAUACCUAUCAAUGAGUCGUGUAUCAAUUCCGCCCUGUAUAUCUACACCCGUUCCAUCCAUAGUCCAAUCGUCAGGGUUACAUCUUGCUUCCAGUGCAGCGGAAUCAAAGCCUUGGCGGCGUUCAGCAGGUGUAAGAGCAUGGAUUUUCUAUACACCCCUAUGGUGUCUGUUGUAGAGUGUAGGAGAGCUGUCUCUGUCGAAUCUGCCGUCCGUCCCCAGUAUAUCCUCCGUUCGUCGCUUGACCUCGUCCCAAAACGGUGUGAUGCGUGGGCAUUCCCACCAGAUAUGUAAGAUCGUUCCUCGUCCCUCUCCGCAUCUCCAGCAUGUCGGGUACCUCCGGGUAGAUUCUGUGCAGGCUGUCGGGUGUUCUGUACCAGAACGAUAGGAGCUUAUAAUUGGUUUCCUGAUAGUUGGAGCUAGAGGAGCAUUUGUGAAGUAGGACCAGGAUCUUUUCCCAUUGAUUUGCGGUUACCUAGGAUGCGUUCCCAGCGUCGGCGAAAGGUGUCCGCGUUCUCCAGGUGACCUACAUGGAGGUGUUGGUAAAUGAGGGAUGUUGACUUGGCUAGGUUGGUCCUUCGGUCACAGAGUACCUCAAACCACGUCAGGUCCCUAUGUAGGGCUUCUCUGUGCGAUAGGGUUUGGUAGAAAUAUUUAAUUUGUGUGUAGCGGAAGAUUUGCAUUGUGGGCGGUUGGUUGUUGUCUAUAAAUUCCCGUAGUGGUAUUAUGCCUGUGUUAUUCAGCAUCUUAUGGAUGGGGAGGGAUUCUCCCCCACCUAGGAUACUUCAAGAUGUCGGCGGAAGCCCACCUUCUAUCUGAGGGUUAUAUGGUAGCUGUAUCAUCGGGCUCGGUGUUGGAGACAGCUGUGGAAUUCUUCUGAUGCUGUCCCACGUUUUUAGUGUCUGUGCCACAGUGGAGGUCUCUUCGAGUUCCAUACUGUAGUGAGAAGCGACGACCUCAUGUGGUUUUUAUCUAGUUCAAUCCAUUGUUUGUGUGCUGGGUGAGUAUGCCAUUCCAAGACCUGUUGUAGCAUGAUGGUAUUUGCGGAGAUCUGGGAGUGCUGUUCCACCCCAUGCUCGUGGCAUGCAUAGGAUAUCUUGUCUGAGUCUCGCCUGUCCCCCACUCCACACGAAUCGUAUCAUAGCGGUCUGAAGUAUGAAUCCAGUUUGAUCUGGGUGGACCAGUUUCGGCAGUAGGCCUCCGAUCCUGGUGGAUAAUGUCUUGGUCAGUAGUUUUACAUCCACAUUGAGUAGGGAGAUCGGUCUAUAGCUGCUGCAUAGUUCGGGUUCUUUCCCUGGCUUCAGGAGAACCGUGAUUGUAGCCGCCAGUGACUCCUGGUGGAACUGAGCGUCCUCGAUGAGAGCAUUGACUGCGUUGGUAAGUUUUGGGAUUAAGAUGUGUUGGAAUUUCUUAUAAUAUUCUAGGGUGUCUGGGCCUGGCGCUCGACCUGUUUUAGCUGCCUUGAUCGCCUCCUCCGCCUCUGUUAUCGGUACUUCCAAGUCCUCCAAUUCCCCUCGUUGCAGUCUCGUCCCCACAUAGGUUUCAAUAUAGUUCUGCAUUUUUUCGUUCCUAUCUAUCUCAUUUGGUUGUCGUUUGCGGGAUAUUAUAUAGUGAGGAGUAGAAUGUCCGAAAUUCCGAGGCUAUCUUAUCCGGAAAUUGUGUAAUUGUGCCAUCAGCUUGCCAUAGUCUGUUGACUUGGGCUAGUCCCUGUGGACCUUUAAGCAUCCUGGCCAGUAGCCUCCCGCCUUUGUUAGCAUGUUGAUACAAUGAACGUUAGUGACCGGUCGUCAUGUGUGUUUGAAGCUGUCUCCGGGCUUCCAGUAGCUCCGCGUAUGUCGACUCGAGGUGUGAUCUUUUAUGCUGUAUUGAGUGUAGAUAUGUGGUCCACAAGGUCGGUUAUUUGUCGUUGAGAUUCUUUUCUCUUUUUGGAAGCCUGGUGCAUCAGUGUGCCGCUUUUAUGCACCUCCCAGAUCAUGGUUGCGAUGUGGUCUCCAGGUGCGUUGAGCGUAAAAUAUGAAUUGAGUUCUUCGGAGACCUGUUCCCUUACUGUAAGGUCUAGCAGUAGCGAGUCUUGGAGCCUUCAUGCCCACGAGGUUGGGCGCAUCCUUGGGGAAUCUAUCUUCAGAGUGACUGGUCCAUGGUCGGACCAUUGUGCAGCUCCUAUCUCCGCUGUUUGAAUUGUCGUCAACUGUUCUUGUUGCAUGAAUAUAUAAUCUAUUCUCUAGUAGCGUUUGUGGAUCGUGGAAUAGUGGGUGUAUUAAUAAAAAAAAUUUAAACAAAAAUAUAUACACAUAUAUGUAAUUUUACAUAAUUACGUCAUUUUAUUAAUUACAAUUUGCGGGACCUGCCUGACAACCCAGGUCGAAAGUAUAGGGAAUUUAAUUUGCUAGCACUAUAGUUAACCCUAUAACUUUCCAAGAUACCAUAAAACCUGUAGAUGGGGGGUACUGUUUUACUUGGGAGACUUCGCUGGACACAAAUAUUAGUGUUUCAAAAAAGUAAAAUGUAUUACAACGAUGGUAUCGUCAGUGAAAGUGAGUUUUGUUGCAUUUUUCACACACAAACGGCACUUACACUGACAAUAUUAUUGUUGUGAUACUUUUUACUGUUUUGAAACACAAAUAUUUGUGUUCAGCGAAGUCUCCUGAGUAUAACAGUACCCCUCAUGUACAGGUUUUAUGGUGUUUUCAAAAGUUAGAGUAAAAUAUAAGGCCUGCGUUUCAGUUUUUUCACAUUGAAAUUCUCCAGAUUGGUUACGUUGCCUUUGAGACUGUAUGGAAGCCCUGGAAUGAGAAUUACCCCCAUGAUGGCAUACCAUUUGCAAUAGUAGACAACCCAAGGUUUUGCAAAUGGGGAAUGUCCAGUCUUUUUUAGUAGCCACUUAGUCACAAACACUGCCCAAAAUUGGCAUUCAAAUUAGUUUUUUGCAUUUUUCACACUCAAACAAAUAUUAACGCUAACUUUGGCCAGUGUUUUUGACUAAGUGGCUACUAACAAAGAUUGGACAUACCCCACUUGCAAUACCUUGGGUUGUCUACUAUUGCAAAUUAUAUGCCAUCAUGGGGUAAUUCUCAUUCCUGGGCUACCAUACGGUCUCAAAGGCAACGUAACCAAUCUGGCAAAUUUCAAUGUUAAAAAACUGAAAAAUGUAACAUGCUAUAUGUGACCCUGUAACUUCCCAAAACUCCAUAAAACCUGUACAUGGGGGGUACUGUUUUAUACGUGAGACAUCGCUGAAUACAAAUGUGUAUUUUAUUGCAGUAAAAGCAAACAGUAUUAUGAAAUUCAGUUAGAAUGUCACAUUCUCUAAGUUUUUAAUUUUUUAUUCAUAUUAAAUUGUUUCAUACCUAAAUAUUUGAUGUUAAAGGAAAGCCCUGUUUCCCCUGAAUAAAAUUAUAUAUAAUAAGUGUGGGUGCACAUAAUAUGAACGGCGAAUUACGCAUGAACAGACUAAUAGUGCAAAUUCAAGUUUUUGUUUUGAUCACAACGUGUACAUUUGGCUCAGUCCUUAAGGGGGUUAAAGAGUACCGGCCACGGUAUACACUACUAUUGCAAAUAUAAAGUAAAAGGUUUUUUCACCAUAAAAAGGCUAUAAAGCUCUGAAAAACAUGGGUGAUUUUUUUUUUUUUACCUUCUCAUGUGGUUAUGAGGUAUUGAAUAAUCUGUUAUAUUUUCAAAUGAGAUGCGGUGUCCCUUCAGGAUUACUUUUUGUUUUGCACACAGCCAAGCUUCUGAAUAAACACAGUUCAUAUUUAGCACACAGUUUAGCCACCGACAGUCAGGCUACAUUCUUAUGAAUCUUGGCAAGCAUAGAAUGUGUAAAUGACCGUGUUAGCAUUGAGAAAGAUUUCACUUUAUGUCCUUAACUCUAUUUGUGUGACAAGUGGAAAAAGUCAGUUUUCUAUAAAAGGAAUACAAAAAAAAAAAUAAUACUUUUCAAAUACCACUGUGCACUAGAAAAUGUUUGUGGCCUUCUCUGAUAAUUGCAUUAAAUAGUAUGCAAUGAACAUUUAAACAUUAAAGGAAUACUUCAAGCACCAUAACCACAACAGUGCACUGUAAUUGUUAUGGUACUUGGGAGUGUUAUUUUGACGAAUCAUUCCUUAUUGAGUGCCUAUUCAAACAUUUUGUUUAUGGAAGGCAGGAUUUUCUAGUGGCUGUCUGAGGGACUGUCUCUAGAGGUCUUAGUAGGCAGCAAUGUAAACACUCUUUUCUCUGAAAAUGCUGUGUUUACAUUGAAAAGGCUACAGGGACAGGCUAUAGACACGAGAAAAACUACAUUAAUCUGUAGUGGUUCUGGUGACUAUAGUGUCCCUUUAAAAAAAAAAAAAAAAAGCUGGCUCCUAGGUUCCAAACAAAUUUGUCAAGGCCAGGACUAGGGCUGCAUAAACCAAGCGAUUUUUAACUCCUAAACGAGAGGAUCUUCGCCAUUAGGCUAAAGUUGUUUUGGUAUCUAAAGCAUCUCUUUAACACCACAAUGCAAUCAUUGCAGGUUUAAGGAGACAGUGACUCUUUACCUAGACCACUUCAAUGAGAUGAAGUGGCCUGGGUGCCUACAGUGUCCCUUUAUAGAGUCACUUUUGCAAGUCUGACCGCUAAGUAAAACUUGGCUAUUGAAAAUUUCUGUAUUUUUUUUAAUCUAGAAGGCAAAUGUACAAUGUCGCAGUAGUUGCAAAUUGUUUUUCCUUCAUAAGAUCACUUAAAAUACACAAAUAUGUGCUGUAAACCUUUAGUAAUAAUGUCAUCAGGGACUCUCCUAUUAAAUGUAAAUGUUACAUUGUAUCACUUAAAGGAUCAGAGACCUCCUGGCACCAUAACUUAAUUUAUAACAUUACGGUGCCCGGAGUGUUCCUCUAAACCAGGGGUAGUCAACCUUUUAAUACCUAAAGCCCACUUUUGUAUCUUUGUUGAUGGUAACAUUUCCUUAUCGCCCACCAGUGCCGCAGUACCAACUUUAUAGUGCAAGUAUGAUUUUUUUUUUUUUUCAUUUUUAGAAAGGAGAAAUAUGUACUUAAAUUUAUCUAUUUUUUUUCUAUUUUGGAUUCUACUUUUUUUUUUUUCUGUUGUAUGUGUGAGGGGGCAGUGUGUGUUAGGGUUGCUGUGUGGGAGGUGUGUAGUGUGUGACAGGGCAGUCUGUGUGUGUGUAAAGGGUGCAUAGGGUCUAUGCUGUGUGUAGGUGGGUGAGAUGUGAAAAUCUUAGUGUCUCCCCCUCCCUUCUUCUUACCAUUUACCAGGUAAGGGGGUACAUAAUGCUGCAAGCCCUGGUGGUCCAGUGGUGGCAUGUUCACUUUAUCCUGCAGCUUCUCCUGUCGUCCUGCGAGCACAGCACUGUAUCAGAGCAUUGCCAUGGUUAUGCACAGCAACAAUCUGACCAGGCUGCUCGCGGGAGGAACACAGAGGUUCCCAGGCCCUUCCCUCCCUCUGCUGGAACGAAGUGCCACCGGGCCAGUGUGGAACAUUUUUGAUCUCCUCACCAGCCCGAGAGGGCUUACAGCAAGGCUGGCUCUGCAUGGGCCGGCAGGGGAGAUGAAAGGAUCUUCUCUGUCGGCAUUGGUCCAUGGCCAACUAGGCCUACCCGUAGUUUUCUACAGAACCCACCACCGCCCACCUGAAAUCCCAAAACGCCCACUAGUGGACGGUAGGGACCAGGUUGACUACCUAUGCUCUAAAUAGACAUUUCCACAUCUUCACUCUCUGUAUAUAACAUAUUUUCUAUUUCAGGAAACCUAUGAAAGUAUACCAGGACCGUCCAAGAUCACGUUCCUACUUCAAGCAGUUCGGAAUGCCGGAGCUGCUGAGGAGGUAUGUCGCAGUAUAUGUUUACAUAGAAACUUCUAUUUAACAGCAUAAAUAGUGUAAUUGGUUUAUUUUGUGUGAUUUGGUACACGUAUAACCUCCUUGGUCGUCCUGGCUUUUGUUUUGCUUUUUCGUCCUGUGUAAAUGUUAAUUAUACACACUCUUCUGAAAUCCUGCAAAUGAAAAUAGUGUUUAUAAGUUUUGUUAUACCAGGAUUUCAAGCUUUGUAAUUCCAGUAUCUUGGUUUUAUCAGCAGCAUACAUGAUGAGCAGGUUUUAUCUGUUAUAGGUGUUGCUUUUGUUCUGUGUGAUGGUGUUACUGAAAGGUCAUUUUUGUGACCGGUAUAUUAUGUGCAUGGGAUGUUUGGUAGAUGCUGUGGAUUUCAUGGUUGCUUGGAGUGAAUUGUGUAACUUAUAGUAUUGUAACCAUGACAGUAAUUGAAGUUACCGCUUUUAGCAAUGACUGGUGUUCAUUGUGAUGAUUGAUGGUAUUGUUGCGGAAUGUAGCAGCCCUCCAAAUGUGUUAAAGUAACUAUCUUGAUUUUCUAUUUUUGUAUUAGUCUUAUAUUUAAAAAUCUAAUGCUUUGCUAUUAUUGAAUGUUUUAACCUAUGGAAACGCAUGUCUUGCAACUGAUAUACAAAAUAUUCUAUUAAGGAGGUUAUGGCUGAACAGCCAGGAUGUAAGUUUUGGUCAUCUUUGGUCUGGUAGACCGCUACUAAAGGCAGGCAUAACCCUACAAUAUAAACAUUUUAGAUUGCAGGAUUAAUGGGACAGGCGCAGUGCACCCAGAUCAUUUAAGUGCCCCCAUACAUAUUCUACAUAGAUUUUUUUUUUUUUUUUUCAUAUAUCCUAUGUAUACCUAAUGGAACAUUAAGUGUCAUUAAAAUGAGGGGAGAACCACUUUUUUCACUUUCGCUUAUAAUAAUUUUUAAAUAUCCAUUAAAAAGGGCUCCAAACAGAUUUACUUUCAUGUCUUGAUUGUUAAAUUCCUCCUAUAUCCAGGAUCUAAAUAAAUUUUAGGUAGUUCACUCUAACCCUAUACCAACACCCCCUCCCCUAAUGCUAUCUUAACCCUAUCCCUAAACACUAGCCGUAUACCUGCCCUACACUUAAAACUCUUCACUAUUCCUAACCCUAAAACAUCAGUAAUCCUUAGCGUAACCAUACUCAAACCCAAACCCUGUCAGUAAUGAUAUCAGGAGGUGGGUUUCCUAGUUAAAACAUUAGAGAGCAGAAUGUUUCCACCAUCUACUGGCUGUUUUCGGCAUUACAGGCAUAUCCCUGUAAUGCUGCAACUCCAGCAUUACAUGCAUUCAGCACUAUUACAGUCUGCAUAGGAGUGUGCUGAAAGACCCUUUCAGGGCUGGAGGUCUCCUUUGAGCACCUACCACUGCAAAAACGUAUUUGUUUUCUCUGCAUUUAAAGGGCUGUAUGCGGAUACAGCACAUCGGUUAGAUGAGAGACCUAGAAUACCUAGUGUGACCUGAGUUAAACCUGCUCACACUGCAUCAAUAGGCAUUUAAAAUUGUUGUAGCAUUGCCCACUUUAAGCGCUGUAUACAGCCUAUCUGUCAGUCUGGGGCCACUAAAUGGGGAGACCCAGGCAUCGAUUGAAAAUAUUAAGACAUUUCAUGCUGACCUAACAGUUACACGGAGGAUGGCAGGAAACGUCCAAAUGUCGUGAAGGGGUUAAGGAAUUAAUUGCAGACUUUCUCAACUCAGAAAAGUUUGCAAAUCAUUUUACUCACCCAAAUCAAUUUGCAUGGGAGCACAUAGAAAUAGAAACUGUAGACAUAAAAAUCUUGUGUCAACGGACUGUAGAUUUCCUUACCAUUCGUUUUUUUGGGGGGGUCUUUUCCCUUCACUUUUUCUCUUUUCUUUUAAUUUUUAGGCCAGACAAAUGGCAGCAGUACUGCUGCGUCGGCUUUUGUCAUCCUCCUUUGAAGAAGUUUAUCCAUCCCUCCCUGCUGACGUCCAGAAUGCCAUCAGAAGUGAACUUCUACUUGUAAUUCAGUUGGAAACUCAGUCCAGUAUGAGGAAAAAGAUCUGUGACAUUGUUGCAGAAUUGGCCAGAAAUUUAAUUGGUAUGGGCAUAAAACAAAUUCAUACUUUUAUAAAUUGUUUGAACUAUGUGUGACAAAUGGCUAGUGGCAAAUAGUUUUCAGACUACUAUGUUAAUAUCUUCACAUUCUCUUUGCUAUUUUUUUUCAUCUUUAAUAUUAAAUCUUCAUAAUCUCCAUGCUAAUUCAUACAUUUAUUAUAUUUACAUGGAGUGUCAGAUCAUGACCUUCAUCUCUCUGACUCACCAUAGGAACACUCUGGCCAGAGUCUGGGUGGUGUGAAUUAUACCUGGUGCGAAACCUUGCCCUUUUAUUCUUCAACUGUUGUGCAUUGUUAUUGGCUUGUCUAGAAGAGAGCACAUGCUUUAUUGUACAUUGCUGUGGAAGUCAAGCUUCCUCUCUCUUUGGAAUUUAACAAUUGCUAUUAAACACUGACAGCUAGUUAUGGCACUAAGACCAGUGGAUUAUCAUAGCUGAUUUAUAUACACCUGGAACACUGCAACUUCACGUAUAUUGGAUGUUGCCUUUAGAACCAUAUCUGUGAAAAGCAAAAUUGUAUUUGUUGACACCCGAAAUGUAUCAUUUAAAACUCAUUAAUCGGCAGCCUGAUUUUUUUCUUUUGACAUUAUCGAACCUAAAUAAAGGACACACUACUUUAUAAAACAAAAUAGUUAUAUCACCAUAGGUUAGUAUAACAAGCAUAUACAUUGCUGUAAUGCUGAACUUUUUCUUUUUAGUUAUAUGUAUUGUACUAUUCUCAUUUGCUUACUCACUAGCCUGUCUAACAGUUUUGUAAAGCAAUGUCUAAAAAAAUCUUUUUAGUCUGGUUAGCUCAGCAAGUGUAUGUCAGUGACUAUUUUUAAAGGUUAUGGUGACAAUACAAACUAUUUUUAUUUUGUUUUUGGCUUAUCUGUGUAGCUCAGAAUAAUAAACUUUGCCUUUAUUACCCAUGUUCUAUUGCAACAUUGAAUAAAAUAAAGGUUAUUUAUAAUAUAUUAUGUUUUUGGUGGUAAACCCUUAUUUGUUUUUUUUGAUUGUAAACAUGAAAUUGAUUCCACAGGAGUGUAACUUCCUUGUCUUUAUUGCUCACUACUUUGUUUCUCUAGAUGAUGAUGGCAAUAACCAGUGGCCUGAAGCAUUAAAGUUCCUAUUUGACUCUGUGAGCUCUCAGGAUGUAGGCCUGCGAGAAGCUGCGCUUCACAUAUUCUGGUACAGUCCUUUCCAGUACAAUGUUCUAUAAGGGCACUUCUAAAUUUUCAGGGCUUUAGGAAGAUGUCCUAAGUAAAGCACUUUCUUACUCAAGUGUUUCUGUUCUGUCACCUUAAAGGACCACUCUAGGCACCCAGACCACUUCAGCUUAAUGAAGUGGUCUAGGUACACGGUCCAGCUACGGUUAACCCAUUUUUUUUUUUUUUUUAUAAAAAAUGUGUUUAAUUGCAAUAUGUUUAUAAAUGGGUUAAUCCAGCCCUCAAAUCCUCUAGUGGCUGUCUCAUUGACAGCCGCUAGAGGCGCUUGUGUGAUUCUCACUGUGAAAAUCACAGUGAGGACACGCAAGCGUCUAUAGACCGGCUGAAUGCGCACGCAGCCAGCCGAAAGGGAGGAGAGGAGGAGGAUCGGAGCCAGAGAGCCCCCCGCCCAGCACUGGAGAAAGGUAAGUUUUAACCCCUUUCCUCUCCCCAGAGCCCGGCGGGAGGGGGACCCUGAGGGUGGGGGCACCCUCAGGGCACUAUAGUGCCAGGAAAACGAGUAUGUUUUCCUGGCACUAUAGUGGUCCUUUAACUAAAUCUUCAUCAGCAGUAGAAUUUUUUUUGUACUUGUAAUUUUCUUAUAAAAGUUAUUCUAAGAAGGAAAAUAAUUGUGAGAAUACUCAAUGUGUUGUAUGUAUUUAUUUAGAACAGAACACAUGCCCAUUCUUUCUAAAUGCAUCUGUCGUGUAUUUAAAUUUUUUUCCCAGGAACUUCCCAGGCAUAUUUGGAAAUCAACAGCAACAUUACCUUGAUGUCAUCAAAAGGAUGCUUGUGCAAUGCAUGCAGGACCAGAACAUUCCUGUGGUAAUUCAUAUAUCUUGUUUUAUUUUAUAGGAUAUAGAGAGAUCAUGAUUCUCAUUUUUAAAUAGCUAGUUAUUGAAGUUCACUAUAGUAUUGACAGGCAACAGGACAGACUUUAAUCUCAAACAUUUAAAAAAAAUUGAUCUUAUUUCUUUAACAGAUCAGGACUUUGUCUGCUCGGGCAGCUGGUGCAUUUGUACUGGCCAAUGAGCACAACAUUCCUCUGCUGAAGCAUUUUGCAGACUUGUUACCUGGCAUUUUGCAGGUGAGUGUUAAGGACAUUAAAGAACUCUCUUGUUUUGGGAUUUUUUUUUUCUUCUUUACACUGAAUUCUACUCUAUACAGUUUAUUUGUGGAUUUCAAAACCAUUCCAAUGUCAUCAAAAUCAUGUGAGUGCCAUUGAGCAUACUUUUUUCCCCCCUUCCUAUUGAUUGGUUUUUUUUUUUCCUUCUCCUUUUUGCAUUAGUCUGUUAAUGAAUCCUGUUAUCAGAAUGACGACUCUGUUCUGAAAUCACUGGUUGAGAUUGCAGACACUGUUCCAAAGUUUUUGAGACCAAAUCUAGAGGCAACAUUACAGCUGAGUUUGAAGGUACACCACUUGAUUGAAAGAGCAAAAAAUUAUGAUUGUUUUACACUGAAGCUGACAAAAUAUUCUGUCAUGUACAGCUGUGUGCAGACCACUCUUUGAGCAAUAUGCAGCGGCAACUUGCUUUGGAAGUUAUUGUGACCCUUUCUGAGACUGCUGCAGCAAUGCUGAGGAAACAUACAGCCAUUGUUGCCCAAGCCAGUAAGUAUGUCAUUUUAUUGUUUACAUUAAGGGGGAAAAAAAAGUUUAAAAUCGCCUAUAAAUGAACUUAUAUUUCAUAAGAUGUAGUUUUCUUUUAAAUUUAUAGUAAAGAGUUCGCGAACUGCAUCCUAACCCAGUUCACAGUAGCUAAACACAAGGCAAACAUUGUAGACAAGAAGGAGAAAUAUAAACAUUUCAGUUCUCCACUAUAUGCUUUCUCUAUGCUGGCUGCCAAAUUCAAAGGACAUGGCUUAUAACAGUGAUUUACAUGGAACUAAGAUGGAGGCAUCCAGUUGCAGAACAGAUGUGUGGAUUUAUACAUUCUGUUUUCUUUUUCACAGCUCACUAAAACAUAAUUUUUAAAUAUAAGUAAAAGUAAGCAUCAAUUUACUGGAAUGUGAACGUUUCUCAAAAGUACAGUUUCUGAAAUGCAGAAUUAAUCAAAUGUAAUCCUUUUCCUAAUAUGUGUUAAAGCAGCACUGUCAUGCUGAAUCCCAUUUUUUUUUAACCCGCCUCCACUACAUCUAAUUGACCCCUAGUCGCCCCCCAUAUUACCUAUUUUUUAUUCUUGAUUCAGGGCGCUGCCAUCUUUGUGUGGGUAGAUGAAGUCCCUGUGGGAUACGUCAUCUGCCCACACUAGAUAGCGCUGAGAUUCCCGCACAUACCCAGUGAAACACUGAACAAUCAGAAAGACGAAUAAAUGGAUAGAAAUCUCAGACGAACAAACUAACACUGUGUAUCAGUGUUCGUUUAGUUUAUUACAAGGAGGGAGCUACCGGCACGCAGCUCCCUCUUUGUAAUAUGUAAAGAUAGAAGCGUCAGGGAGCAGUGCUCCCCGCCACUUCCUAAGCCCCCCAGGUUCCCCCUCACUCUAUGGGGGUCAGUAUGAGGGGCAUGUCUACUAAACAGUGAGCAGCCUUUAUAAGCCUUCCCCGCUCUGCGGAACUCAGUCUGCACGGAGCCCUCCAUGGGUGAAGAUGGAUUAUUUUUUUGCGGUCGUUUUUUUUUUGUUUGUUUUUUGUUUUUGUUUUGUUUUGUUUUUGUGCUUGGGUUUAUUUUAUUUUAAGUUCUGGUAUGAUGGUUUAUUUGGCCUUUUUUGGGGCUGAAAAAUUAAGAUUUUAGAAUACAGACGACGUUGAAUGGUAAGUUUUAAUUUUACUUUACAGGUUAGUAAUUUUAUUCCCCCUCACUAUUUUUUAGGGUGAGGGGGGUAGGUAGGGGACUUUUUAUUUGGGUGGGGGGGGGUGAGUGACUAGGGGCUUGGGGACCCCCAGUCACCUUUGAGGGGGUAGGUGUGUGUGUCCCCCCCCCCGUCCUCUCAUUAUCACUAUGACCCCACCCACCGCCUGGGGGGGGGAGGACAAUAGGCUCCCCCCAUUAUCAUUAUGGCCCACACCUGCCGCCCAGGGGUGGGGGGAGGACAGUAGGUCCACCCUCAUUAUCACUAUGGCCCCCCUCCUCCCGUCAUUAUCAUUAUGGCCCCCACCCGCCAAUUUAGGUCUUUCAGCCUUUUCGGAGAUAACUCCCUGAUACCGUGGGAAUUAGGGAGUUAUCUACUAAGCGGCUGCAAGAUGCAGCCACAGCACGAAUAGGAUCGGAGUUUCAUUCAUUCAAAUGAAAUUCCGAUACGAACAAAGUGCCGAAUUGCGUUCUAAAACAAACGAAACAUACUGUUCUCAUUCAGUUAGAAUGCAAUUCGGCAGUUUCGUCUAAAAUGACAGGAAGCAUCGUGGGAACACAGAGGAAAGGUAAGAAUCAUGGGAAAAUUGCUCUGACCAGCGGAAAUGAAACACACUUUGCUCCUCCGCUGGUCAGAGCUGGUCAAGCGGAGGAAACCUCCAUUAGGCAAAGAGUCCCUACUUUGUCUUAUUAUUUUAAAGAAAACAGGAAGAAAAGAAGAACAGAUCCUGAGAGAGGGGGAGAAGAGGAAGAGAUUGAGGAAAGCUAAGUUCAGCAUGACAGUGCCGCUUUAAUAUUUAAAGGGACACCCCACUGCCCAAAUACAUCACCAUUUAGUACUUAUACCCUGAUGCACAAUUAAAUGCAUGCAUGUUUGCAUUUGUUAAUAAGUGGUAUAUCUAAAACCAGCUUGCAAAAGCUGUUGCCUAAAAGUGGAACUUCAGUUAUCUUGAGUGUUACAUUGGGACAUAGUUCUACGUCUAAGGAAUACAAGUGUGCAAAAUGUUUAUAUAUGCACAUGUACCUUGUAAUAUGUUCUAGAGAUCAGUUUUUGCUCCCAGGAGCUAGGACCGUCCUGAAAUGAGAUUUUUGUAAACAUGCAUAUAAACAAAAUUUGUUGUACACCCUGAUAGAUAUUUUAUGUAUAGAUAACCCCCCUCACCCCCACUCCCAAAUUCAGAUAGCCAGCAAUUAUCACACUACAGUUUCCAUGAUCAUCAUUGUAUCAAGGUAUUUGUAGCUCAGUAAAUAGAAAGUUGCAGGUUAGGCACCCUGUUGUUCAGAAAGAAAAAGUAAUGUUUAAUGAAAUUGUAAUACAUAUAAAUCAGAGGCGAAAUCAAAUCAAAGAUUAUGUAAUUCCCUAUUAAAGUCCUGAUCUGAAAAGGUUUGUAAAGAAAUGUGCUAUAUAGAAAAGGCUUAGUCAGCUAUUCUCAACCACUACUGUUUUAUUAACACAUGAAAAACGCUAUGUGCGGUGUAUGCUAUUGUGUGUGACUUUGUAAUACAGUUGCCAGAAUAUGGCUUCCUUUUUUUUUUUUUUUUUUUUCAAUUCAUAGCAACAAGGACCAAAACAUCAGAACCACUUUAUUUGUAUUUUUAUUAUUAUUAUUAUUAUUUUAUUUUUUUUUUACUAAUGGCAUGUCACAUAGGUACUUCCAAAUCCAUGUUUUAAAGUGUUUCUACAAAUUUUGUGUUUGAAUCAAAAGCAAUAUUUUCUAUGUGGUGGGUAAAAUAAUGAAAUUAAAGCUCCUGGGUUUUUUUUUUUUAGUCCCUCAGAUGUUAGCCAUGAUGGUUGACUUAGAGGAGGAUGAAGACUGGUCAAAUGCAGAUGAACUAGAAGAUGAUGAUUUUGACAGGUACUGUCUUGUAAUGAGUUUCUCAGAACCAAUAGUUAUAUACAUGGUAUUAAUAAUCCGUACAAUUUGAGGGCCUAUUUGCAAUACUUGGUCCAUUCUUCCCCUCACCCCCUCCAUACAGCACUAAACAGAUCUUUAGAGUUUAAAGUGUUAUUCCAGAGCUGCUGUUUGAGUUCAUUACUUGACACAGGGCUAGAUUACAUUUGAUUAAUAAGUGUUACCAAUGCUCUGAUUAGAUUUCUAACUUCAUAUAGACUUUAAUGGAGUUGGAAAUGUAAUCAGACAGAGCAAUGGUAAAGCUUACAAAUCAAAUGUAAUUUAUCUAGCCCUUACUGUUUUGCAUAUAAUAUUUUUCUAGGACCAUUCUUUAUUUGGAUAAUUGGUAAAAAAAAAAAAAAAAAAUGUUAAAUAUGAUUGUUACAUAGAAUUAAAUUAAUAUCAACAAUAUAUUAUUCUACAGUCAUAUUUACAGAUUUUUAUUUAUAUUGUUUUUUUUAAAGUUAUUUUCUGUCCAAUUUUGGUGUUACUUUCAAUAAAGUUGUGGUUAUUUUAUUGGCUUGUAGUUUUUAAUAUUGGAUUCAUUUAAAAAAGUCUAAUAUUAAUAAAAUUAUAGAAAAAAAACUUUUUUAAAUUCAUUUGGGGGAAAAAGUCCUUUUUGGUUUCGGGCCAAGGGCAUCCUGAAUUUUCGGUUUCGGCCCAGAAUUUUCAUAUCGGUGCAUCCCUGAUAAAUAUAUAUAUUUUUUAUUUAGAGAUAUACAAGAUGCCAAAGCAUUUUGUCUACUGGACUAAUACGGCUAAUCCAAUCUACAGUGUGUGUGUGUGUGUAUGUGUGUGUGUGUGUGUAUGUGUAUAUAUGUGUGUGUAUGUGUAUAUAUGUGUGUGUAUGUGUAUAUAUGUGUGUGUGUGUGUAUAUGUGUGUGUGUGUGUGUGUGUGUAUAUGUGUGUGUGUGUGUGUGUAUAUAUGUGUGUGUGUGUGUGUGUUGAGGGGAGGGGGUGUUGCACACCCCAGAGCUAACUUGUUUUACCCAGCCAGUGUAGGGUUGGGUGGGUGUACUGUUGGAUGGGCAGCGCUUCGGCGUCCGUGAGGGGAGUACUGUGCGUACUGUUAGAUUUUUUUACUGUAGAUUAUAAGUGUAAGGAGAAAAGAACAUGAACAGCAAUAACAAAAGGGUGCUUGGGUGGUCGGCGUAGGCUUCAGGUCGUGGUACUGUUGGGCAGUCCCAGUGUGGCAAGUAAGGCAGGACCCUCUUCCGGAUCAGAGACCUUAUAGGAUUUAUCAUCAUUGGUUACCCAGAGCAAUCUCGGGGUUGCCCACCUGUAAGUGAGUCUUACUGUUUGUGGGGGGGUGGUUAUGGGCUGCAUGCUCUUGCGCCAUGAUAGUGCAUCUGUGCUCAGGUCUUGGAAGGCGAUUUGGUGCGUCUCAAAGUUGUAUGGCGUGUUUCCAUUAAUAGCAGCAAAGAGGGCUAUUUUAUCUGUAAGAGUUUGGCAUUGUAAAAUGAGGUUGCGGGGUGCCGCCUUUGGCGCUUGCGGUGAUUUGGCAAUGCGAUAUACGCCAUGGUGGGUAGGAGCGAGGCCACUAAACACCUUAUAAAAUGGGGAAGUUCCCCCUGCAAUACAGAUUCUGUUCCCCCUGAUCUUAACAUUCUUCCUCUUACCCCUGUCAUCUAGCAGAUUAAUUUGCCUGGUGAUAGUGGUCUGUGUGGCUUGCAUCUGGGUAACUAUCUUUCAGUGCGAUUAGGUUUUGUUGCAGGUCUCUCACUUCCUCUUCUGUGGCUUGAGUGUGGGCUGUCACCACCUGUACGUCUGCCUGCCACAUUUGCUGUAAGUUGCGUUGGAGUCUAGCCAGCAUGUUCUGAAUAUCCUGCUUGGUCACUGAGGCUGAUUCUCCUGUGGUCUGUGGGUUUUCUCAGUCCGUGUUGGCUGUGGCCAUGCUGGGCAUGGAGUUCUCAUCUUCAGAACUCGUGGGUGAGGCUUCCAUUGCGGGUCCGUGCCGGUGGAGAGGACUGUAGCAUGAUGCCUAUGUCCCGUUGUGGCGUGGAUGCGCCUGGGGUCUACAUUUCUUCCGAAGUGUAUAAAUCGAACUCUGCGUGCUGUGAGCGCGUCUUUAGCCUCGCUGCUAACUCUCCGACCAGGUCCUGUUGCUGCUAACUCUCCGACCAGGUCCUGUUGGCGGGCGCUCACACGGUAGGCCCCAGGCCUUUAAUGCAGAGUUUAGUGCCGGGGUUUGGAAGAAAUGCAUCUGCAGAUUCAGCAGAGUUCCCUGAGUCAAUGUCUGUAGCCAGUUUUGCCUAUAGCGCUUGGAUUCUGCUUUAGGUUAUCGGAGCUAUUGGAAAUGGCGGCUGCUUCAUUGCGCUGCAGGCUGCGCCCACUAUGCGGAACCUUUUAUGAUAUAGAUAUAUAGAUCUCUUACUGUGUACUUUUUUUCUUGCAGUAAUGCAGUCGCAGGUGAAAGUGCUUUAGACCGAAUGGCAUGUGGCCUGGGUGGGAAAAUUGUCCUGCCAAUGAUUAAGGAGCAUAUCAUGCAAAUGCUGCAAAACCGUAAGUGUUGUUUUUUUUUUUUUUGUUUAAUUUACAUGUACAUAUAUAUAUAUAUAUUGUGCUGAGUACUUUCCCUUGAACAUAGCUUGACUUCUGUUUUCUGUUUGGUGCUUGGCUCAGUGACAUUGUAGGGAUGUAUUUUAUGAUGGGUAAUUUAUUCAGAGCUCACCGUUUAAUCAAAUAUUUAUUUGGAUGGGAGCACUUUUUAAUUUAAUUGCUGUUUCACCAUCUCAAAAAAGCUCUGGGUUGAAUUAUAAAAAUAGGACCCUUGGGAAAUAAAACCUUUUUAUUUUUAGUCUAAAUAAAAGUUUGAAAAAAUUGAAUUGGAAACUGAUAAAAUAUCUCAAGAGCCGUGCUGCCCAUGCCUAGUAUCACAUGUCUGUGAGUACAUACAUUUAUUUCUUUGUGUUGAUUUACAGCUGACUGGAAGUACAGGCAUGCUGGUCUGAUGGCAUUAUCCGCCAUUGGUGAAGGUUGUCACCAGCAAAUGGAGGGUAUUCUCAAUGAGAUGGUCAACUUCGUUUUACUUUUUUUGCAAGAUCCUGUAAGUCAUUUGUUUAUUUUGUUACCUUAUUCUCCACAUUAAAAUAGUGCGUAUUAAUAUUUUACAACCGUGCAGCAAUCUUGAUCCAGUGGUGAAGUUAUUUGAGCAGCUGUGCUAAUAUGCUGAUCAGUACCACGUUAUUUUAUUCAAUAAAACAUAGCAUACAUUUAUAAAAUAGGAUUUAAUCUGAAUAUCUAGAUUUUUUUUUUUUUUUUCAGCAUCCCAGAGUUCGUUACGCUGCCUGUAAUGCUAUUGGACAGAUGGCAACUGACUUUGCACCAGCUUUUCAAAAAAAAUUUCAUGAGAAGGUAAGAAACCACCUUAUUUAAAUUGGCUACAGUUACCCAACUGUUGCCAACAUUUCCCUCAACAUAAAACCCAAUGGAGUUUUCUUCUCCUUUGACCGGGCAGGAGAGGUGAAUCCUACGAACAUAGUUUGUAAAAGAUUAGCCGUUCUACUUUCUCCUCCAAAUGGAGUAUGACUAGAACCCCCUGAACCUAAUAAAAUAAAGUUCUAUAAAGUUUGUGUUUUAGUAGUCUAGAUUGACUAUCUUAUAGCGUAAACUAAUUAAGCACAGUAAUAUAAAUCAGGUAGUCUUAUUUUUCUCAAUUUUCUGUACCUGUGCCAAGUAGAUUCUUUAUUUGUUCAUUACAGGUUAUUGCCAGUCUGCUGCAGACAAUGGAGGACCAAGGAAAUCCCCGUGUUCAGGCUCAUGCAGCUGCUGCUCUCAUCAAUUUUACUGAAGACUGUCCGCAGACCCUUCUUAUUCCAUAUCUGGAUAACCUAGUAAAGCACUUACAUGCCAUUAUGGUGGUCAAACUGCAAGAGGUAAUCUCAACCAAAUAUUUAACUAAAAUUAAAAACACAGAAAUUUCCUCUGGCCUCCCUUAUGUAUUUUGUGUUUGGCCACUCUGCAUUUAAAAUAAGUGAUAAGCAUUGUAUUUGAGACCUAAUGUACAUGACUAUAUGCCAUGUCACCUCUAUAUGAGCAGACAAAAUAGCAAAUGACCAUUGAGCACAAGAGAAUUUGGAAUUAUUCAAAUUAAGUUCACCUAAAAAGUGUCAGCAAGUGUUACUAUGAUUAUGGAAUUUGUUAUUUAUCUGUUUAAUAUUGUUAAGACAGGUAUUAAUCAUGAAAACUCACUGUUCUUUUUCCAGAAGUACAUUCCAUACAGACGUUUGGCUUAUAUUUUUAUUUGCUUAAUUUUUGUGUUAAUAGUGUCUACCUUUUCAUAAACAAACUUUAAGAAAAUCUCAAUUUUAAUCAGAUUUUGUCCUUCCAAAACAAUUGUUUUUGGUAUUGUGUUUUUUUUAGUUAGGCAUUUGUUUUUAGUCAAGUGAGCCUUAAAAUAUCACCUGGUGUAAUUGGAAAAAUAAUGCAGUAUUUGUCUUCUAUUUUCUGUCAUCCAAUAUCAUUCCAGUCAUUUAAAUCAUUAUGGUCCUUCUGUGGUUUUUUUUUUUUUUUUCUUUCAUGCAGAAGAUAUUACAAAUACUUGACAUACUGUAUUAAAGAUGGCAUGAUUGUAUCGCCAUUCUUAAAGGGAUACUAUAGGCAUCAACCCAACUUUACCUUAAUGAAGCAGUUUUGAUGUGUAGAAAGAACAUGCCCCUGCAGUCUCACAAUUCUUUAUAAUUUGAGUUUUCUUUGUUUACUCACACAGCCUCCAUAAAAAAAGUUUUUUUUCAAUCAGAUCUGAACUUGACUCUUAACUCUGUAAAUUAAACUGUAAUCACGCACCGGAGGAUCUAGCAGGCCAUUAAUAGCGCAGGAGAUAAGAAAUGACAAAUUCUACACACUGUGCAAUAAAGGAAGUUUAAACAUUAGAUCUUUCUUUAGAGGAAGAGCUUAGGAAGGAUAAGUUACAAGCAUGGAUGUGUGGCUGUAUAAACGAAUUGAUUUUAUCCCUAAAUGGCAGAGCAUUGUAUUGUUUUGAUCUUUAUACUAGAACUGCUUCAUUAAGCUAGUUUCGUUUUGGUGCCUAUAGUAUCACUUUAAUUCUUAAAUCAUGGUGUUUGAGUGGUCCUAUGGGAUAUAGCUGUUGUUGCCACAUAAGUAUAGUUUGUUUUGUGUUUUUUUUUUUUUUUUUGGCUAUUUAACCCCUUAAGGACACAUGACAUGUGAUGUCAUGAUUCCCUUUUAUUCCAGAAGUUUGGUUCUUAAGGGGUUAAAGGACCUGCUACUGCAGUUUAAAUUGUCUUGUGUUGGUACUAUUUUCUGAAAACUUGUUUACCUAUAAUAUAUCAAUGUUCUCUUGCAAAAUGUUUGAAAAACUGAACUCUUCUAAUAGAGUAUAUUUGUUUUGCAGCUUAUUCAGAAGGGUACAAAGCUGGUACUGGAACAAGUUGUGACUUCAAUAGCAUCUGUAGCUGAUACCGCUGAAGAAAAAUUUGUUCCCUAUUAUGAUUUGUUUAUGCCAUCCCUGAAGCACAUUGUGGAAAAUGCUGUGCAGAAAGAACUCCGGCUUCUAAGAGGGAAGACAAUUGAGUGCAUCAGUCUAAUUGGUUUGGCUGUUGGCAAGGAGAAGGUAAGAGUUUUGGUUAUGGCAAAAUGCUAAAUAACACAACUAUAAAAAAUUACUGUAAGUGUUAGAUUUGAGCCAUUUAGAGAAAAGCACUACAUCUCUUAAACCUAAUUUGCUCUGUUUCAUAUUGAACGCUGUUUUUUAUUUCACUCUCUAUUUCAGUUCAUGCAAGAUGCUUCUGAUGUUAUGCAGCUGCUGCUGAAGACACAGACUGACUUCAGUGACUUGGAAGAUGAUGAUCCACAGGUCUGUUUCUUGACAGAACUAUAAAUAGUAGCUAUUUUCCCUGCUAGAGGAGUGCAUGUUUGAUGCACUCGGCAGGGUUUAUUUUUAAAAUACUUUUGGGCCGUGAGGAGUAAUUUGUCUGGAAAGAAAAACCUGAAAUUCUUUGGAGCAAUAAUGUAAUCAGCCUCUGUGUCUUUUUUUUGCUGAGAGUUGCUUUUUUUUUUCCCGGAUGUGGCCCUGUAGAUAUAUAAAAAGCUAAAUAUUUAAAAUCCUUCUCCUUAAGUUGAGUUGUGCAGUUUGAAGAAAAAAAAUAAAUUAAGAAAGAAAAAGGCAUAUUUCUGUACUUGAGCAGAGUGGGCAAUAUCUACAUUUUAAACAUGCAUUGUAUUUAAUAACCGAUGUCUUAUUUUAUUUAAAAAUUCUUUAGAUUUCAUAUAUGAUCUCUGCUUGGGCACGAAUGUGCAAAAUUCUGGGCAAAGAGUUUCAGCAAUACCUUCCUGUGGUCAUGGGACCGCUAAUGAAAACUGCAUCUAUUAAGCCUGAGGUGGCUCUUCUGGACAGUAAGUAUAUUAUCCAAAUUUUCUCCUUGAUCCCCUUGUGUUCUCAACAUCCCUAUAGCAGCCAGCAUUAAAUCAUCACCACAGUAUUAUUUAACCAAGGGCUUGAAAUUUCAACGCCUAUGCCACUAGCCAGACAGAAAAGUGACUGAUUAAUGCAAGCCUUGGAGGGUCUCUGUCAAAAUAACAGGGGGAUUUCUACUUGCCAGGCUGAAUUUUCACUUGCAAGUAGGGUUGACAUUUUAAGCCCUUCUUUAACCCUUUCUUCAGAAAGUUUUUUUUUUUUUUGUUUGUGUUUUUUUAACUAUCUAAAUAAGGAUUGGCAUUGUUGCUGUUUUUACACAGAUUUCAGUUUCUCAUUAAGGGCAUUGUGUGUGUUUCGUAUCACUCAUUUAAAAUUUUAAAGUGCUGCAGAAUGUUUGUCCUAUAAAUGCUUAAAUAUUGUGUGUGUGUGUGUGUGUGUGUGUUAGAUAUAAUAAAAUCUUUGCUUCUAUGCCUGAUAGAAUACAACUUAGUCUUUGCAUAUCUCAUUAAAGUAACUUGACACCAAUCACAAAAACAGUUUUUUUUUUGUUUUUUUUGUUUUUUUUUUUGUUUUUUUUAUAAACAGUUUGUAAAAAUUAAAUACAUUGGGUGUGAUUUAUCAAUGUGUCAUGAUAAGAAAUAUUGUGCAAAGAUUUAAAAAUAAAAAAGUCACCAGUGGAUAUGGCUGCUGGUUCACAGACUUCCAUGGUGAUUGCUGUAUUUUUAGUACUUUGCUCCAGUUUUAUUUAUUUAUUUAUUUAUUUUUUACCUGAUACUUUGAUAGAUUUCAACAAGUGAGUACAUUUGCAUUAAAAUUCAAAUACAUUUUUAAGGAAAAACUAAAAAGUUAUGACAUUGUGUGUCUUCAUGGUAUCCAUGCUUAAUUAAAAUUAGAUUUAUUUUUUACCUCCCUUAGCACAAGAUAUGGAGAGUAUGAGCGAUGACGACGGCUGGGAAUUUGUUAAUCUGGGAGAUCAACAGAGUUUUGGAAUCAAGACUGCCGGACUUGAAGAAAAGGCAACUGCAUGUCAGAUGUUGGUGGGUCUCCCAAGAAUUCUAAAAUAUAUAACCUUUAAACAAGUUUUAAGCGUUAUUUUUUACUGUUUUUACACAUUUAGUCACAUGGGACUAUAUCUUACAACUUGUUGUUCACUGACUGUUAGAAGAACCACUCAAAAUCGGUUUCCUUCCGCUUAACCAAAACUAUAUAUGUAAUGAAGCCAUUUUAACGGGGAACAAUUGAAAUGUGUCUAGGAAAGACCCAUUUCACUACAUUAAAGGAGCACUCUAAAUACCAUACAGUAAUCAUGGUGACAGGGAUUUCCUCCCACCAUUCCUUGUUAAAGGGUCGAACCAUUUGUGAACAGAUUGGCACUUACCUGAGUCCCACAGACACCUGCACUAAUUCCAGUUUUCUCCAUACUGUUAAAUCCGAAGUGUGGAUUAAUCUUUAACUAAGUACAUUUUGUGCACGUUUUCAGAUUGUCUGGCAGCAUCUGUUGACACUCUCAGCCGAUCACAAACUUGAUGUAGCUAAAGAGAAGAGAAGCUUCUCUCCUUCAGCUGUAGGACGGCACCAGAUGCUUGCAGAAGGCUGCUGUCUUUAUGGUGCUACUUAAAUAACGUUUUAGUUUUCCUUAUUAAGAUGACCUUUUAAUAUUGUAUAUUUUGGGGGAGUGAAUGUUAUAUAAUGCAUCAACAUUGUUAGUGUCACCAAGAACUUAAAUGAGGUUGUGUUCUUGCAAAUUUUUUUCCUUUUUUCAAAGUUGCCAAUGUUUGCUGAACUUCAUAAUUCUUUUUUUUCUUGUUAGGUUUGUUAUGCCAAGGAACUAAAAGAAGGGUUUGCUGAUUACACAGAACAAGUUGUGAAGCUAAUGGUCCCGUUGCUUAAAUUUUAUUUUCAUGAUGAUAUCCUUUGUCUCCUCAAAAUUUUAAUUGUACUUUAAAAUGUAUUGUUGAUGUUUUUGUUUUAAACCUGUUGUUCUCAUUUGAAAAGAGGCAUAUUGACCGUAGUACAUGCUCCCAUUGCAUGAAAUAAGCAUUUUCCUGACAUAUGGUGGCAGUACAAUAGGGAUGUACUCUUCUCUCGGGACAAGCAUCUGAAAUAAAUAUUUAACAUAAAAAGUUCCUCCCCUUACCAGGUAUAAGAGACCAAACCAGCCCUGUGACCUCAGUUCUCUUUCUUGUUCCAUCAGGAAUGGAUGGCAUCUGGAAUGAGAUGGUGAGGGUUGCUGCCAGGGGGAUCCGGUCUGAUAGCCUCCCGGGUGGAGAGCUGAAUGGCCAGCAAGCAUCCUGCAGGAUUACGGGGCAGAUAUGGUAAGCCUGCUUUAUGCCGAGUGCAGUCACCGGCGAAGCAGGGAAGCGGUCUCUAGUGGCAGCAAAUCACUACCCGCCGGAGCCGCAUGCGCAUGGCGGUGGAAUGCACGCCCGGGUGGUUAUGCGUUCCACCGGAGUUCCGACCGCGCUAUGAGCAGUCUGAACUCCCCGAAAUGGCACCAGAUUUUAAUCGGAUCUGCCUAUUUAUGCUGUGCAGAUCUUACUGUCAGAAUGGAGUUUGGCAGUGAAGGUCUCCCGUGUCACCAGCCCCCCCACACAGGUCAGAGGUUUUAGAGGUAAAGAUUCUUUAGGUCUCUAAUCUUUAAAACUCUCUAUUUUUGUUUCUACAAAUAUGGUUUAUUUUCCUAUGUAUUGCAGAUAUGUCUAGUCCUGUUGCUACUGAUAAUAUGGAUAAAGACAAAGUGCCUGCACCUGCUUCUAAAAAAGCCAGUUCCAAAGCUAAACAUCUCUGUUGUAGUGAAUGCUCCACUCCUUUACCAGAUGGUUUUAAAAGGAAAGUCUGUAAUAUUUGCUCUUCUUUGACGCUAGAAAAAUCCAAGCAACAAGAGAUGAAAUCUUUUUUUCUUAGUUUCAGGAUAACCUGGCCCAGUCUUUUGAGUCUUUUAAAGAGCCUGCACACACUUCUCCUGUAAAAGCUACUAAACAGAAGUCUAAAAGGAAGAGAACACCGUCUAGUUCAGAACUAUCCUUGGGUGAAUGUUCUUUUUCUUAUUCAGAAGUGUCUAGCGACUUCUGUUACUGAGGUUGCUUUUCCUCAUGAUGAAUAUAUAAAUGGCAAUAAUAAUAAUAAUUGAGAAAAUUUAUUAAAGAAGUUAAUGUUAUCUUUUCUGAUGAAACGGUAGACAAAUCCAAGGGUAAAGCACUUCCAGUCCAACAAAAAAUGCUGGAUUUGAUAUUUAGAGAAUGGAAGAACCCUGAGAAAAAGGGCUUUUAUCUCCAGACAUUUUAAAAGUAUUGUUAAAAUGGAGGAGGAAGAUAAAUGGGAAGAAUUGCCGGUAGUUGAUGUACAAGUGGCUUAAUUGUCUAAAAAAAAAAAAAACUACCAUACCUAUUGGUGAAGUUUCUGGUCUGAAAGACCCUAUGGAUAAGAGGGCUGAAACUUCCAGCAGAAGGGCUUAUCAGGCUGCAGGUUUUCAGGCUAAAGCAGCAUUAGCCGGGGCUUCAGUGUGAGAGCUCAGAAUCUUUGGCUUAACACUUUGGAAGAUGGUCUGGGUGAUAACCAAGACAAAGGCCUUUCCCUCCUGUUCCAAAAUGUAAGGUUGUCUAAUGAGUACCUUAUGGAUAUUAUCACAGAGGUGAUUAAGCUUUCGGCUUGUGUCAUGGGUUUGACAUCUGUGGCCUGAAGGGCACUGUGGCUUAAGGCCUGGACAGCAGACACUGCAUCAAAAUCUGCAGUAUGUGAGCUGCCGUUGGAGAAGAAAAAGUUGUUUUGUUCUCCUUUAGAAGAGUUAAUCUGACAGAUGUCGGAAACCAAGAAGGCCCUGCCUCAAGACAGGAAACCCAGGUAAAGAAAUUUCCAGUUCAAAAACCGUAGGAGCUUUCAAGAAAAACCCAUGUUUUUUUUGUCAACAAAGGAAAGAUCCAAGAUUUGACACACAAAAAGACAAUAAGUCUGACAGAAACAAAAGUUUCUGACGCCAUCAGAGUGGGCGGAAGGUUGCAAGGUUUUGUUCACAGAUGGAGGGAGACCACUACAACUCCAUGGAUUCUGAAUCUGGUGCAAAAAGGAUACCGAAUAAAAUUUAGAUGUUCCAAGACCAAGUUUCCUUGUCUCCUCCUACCGGUCAAAGUUAAAAAACCAAGCCAUUUUUUCUGCCACGGUCUCCCUGUUAAGAAAAGGUGUGGUAGAAAGGAUUCCAACCUCCCAAGUAUAUCAGGGUGUAUACUCCCGGUUGUUCCUAGUCCCAAAACCAGACAUGUGUCUUCGUCCAAUCUUGGAUCUAAAAAACCUGAAGAAGCUCAUUCCUUACCAACAUUUCAGAAUGGAGACUAUAGCGUCUGUCACUCAUAUCCUUCGAAAUAUCCAUAUUCCUAUGGAUGGGAAAUCAAGAAAAUACCUGAGGUUUGUUAUAAGGAAAGGGGAAAAUGUCCAUUUCCAAUUCAGAGCCCUUCCAUUCGGGCUAGCUUUAGCACCCAUGAUUUUUACAAAGGUCCUCACACCUGUCACAGCUUUUUUUGAGGAUGCAAGGAAUCACAGUAGUACCUUACUUGGACGACUGGUUAAUAAAGGCAGACACAAGAGGCGCUCUAUAAUCAGAUGUUGCCUAUACACUAGAAAUCCUGGAAGAACAUGGUUGGAUUAUCAACCUAGAAAAAUCACACCGUACCCCUACAAGGUCUAUCCUGUUUCUAGGGUUUUUGAUCAAGUCAGACACUCUGUCGGUUCAUCUGACAAGAGAAAAAAGAUAAAGAUUUUAAUUAAAAAACCUUCUUCUGAUGUCAGAUUGUUCGGCGAGGAAAGCCAUGCAUGUUUUAGGUCAUCUGACCUCUACAAUCCCGGCAGUAAAAUGGGCCAGAGCAGAAUCAAGGCCCUUACACUGGGAAAUUCUUGUCCAAUGGUCAAAGAAGGAAGAAGAUUUGGAUGCAUUAAUGAGUAUAUCAGGUCAUACAAAAGAAAAACUCUUAGUGGCUAGAGGAAAAAUUCAUUACAGAGGGCCUGUCUUUUCAUCAAAAAUCUUGGAUUGUGAUUUCUACAGAUGCUUCAAAUACAGGUUGGGGAGCUCACCUCCUGUUUCACUUAAGACAAGGUGGUCAAAAAAGGAAACAAAGGAAUCUUCAAAUUUCAAGGAGUUGUUGGCAGUACUCUACGCUCUUCAGCAGUUCAAGGAUUUCACUGUUUUCCUUCUUGGGAUUUGUCUUUAGUUUUGAGAUCUGUGUACUCAGCCUUUCGAACCUUUAGAAGAAGCUUCAUUGAAGAAUAUGUCCCUGAAGACCGUGUUUUUGGUGGCCAUUACUUUGGCUAAGAGGAUAGGGGAACUCCAGGCCCUUUCUUCCUCUCCUGACUUUACAAAAUUUCUUCUGGAUAAAGUAGUUAUGUACCCUAAGCCUUCCUUUCUUCCGAAAGUCAUCUCCAAGGUUAUCAACCAACCUAUUUUUCUUCCUUCCUUUAAUGGUCCAUCUAUGCCAGAUUGGGAAUUUGAUUGGAGCCAACUAGAUGUUGGUAGGUCUCUGAAAAUCUACUUGGACCGCUCCUCUGCGUAUAGGGUGACUGAUCAUCUAUUUGUAAUUUCUUUGGAAAAUUUAAGGACCAAGUUGCCUCCAAGGCCUCUUUGGCAAGAUGGCUGGUGGAUACUAUUAAAUUGGCUUAUUCUACCUCGAAUCUACCUCUGCCUGCCCCCUUGAAAGCACAUUCUACUAGAGCCAUGGCUGCUUCUUGGGCCGAAAAAGCGUUUGCCUCUCCGGAAGAUAUAUGCAAGGCGGCUACCUGGUCUUCUUUCAACACUUUUGUCAAACAUUACAGGCUAGACGUAUUCUCUGCCUCUGACGCUGAUUUUGGGCACAAGGUGUUACAAGCUGUUAUUGCCUAAAUUCCUGCCCUUAGUCUGGGAUCUCGAUAUAUCCCUAUUGAACUGCCACCAUAUGUCAGGAAAAACUGUAAUUUUACUCACCGUAAAUUCCCUUUUCCUUAAUAUGGUGGCAGUAAAUCAAUCCCUCCCUUUAUGUAUAUAUAUACAUUUUUGGGGUGUUCUUGGUACGUACUGAGGUCCCAGGGCUGGUUUGGUCUCUUAUACCUGGUAAGGGGAGGAAUUUUUUAUGUUAUUUAUUUCAGAUGCUUGUCCCAAGGGAAGAGUACAUCCAUAUUGUACUGCCACUAUAAGGAAAAAGGAAUUUAUGGUGAGUAAAAUUAGUUUUCCACCGUAUUCAGUAUUCACUGCUCCUGCAACAAUAAAUUAAUGUAGUGUAAAAUAAUUCUGGGAGAUCUUGUCAGAUUAGAUUAGACUGAGUUGAAGAUAAUUUCAGUAGCUGUAGGAAAAAUUAGAGGCGCACCUUCCUUUUAGAAAUUGAGGAAAUGUUGCAGAUGAUACUUGCUUACAUGUGUAACACUGCCCUUUUUCCCUCUGUGAAACUAUAUAUUAGCAGUAACAAUGAUUAACUGAUGUCUGUAGCGUUUUUCCUUAACCACUAUUAUACGGGUUCGAGUUGCUGCCGCAGAGUCCAUGCCUCUUCUUUUGGAGUGUGCAAGGGUGCGUGGUCCUGAAUAUUUGACAGAGAUGUGGCAUUUCAUGUGUGAUGCUUUGAUUAAGGGUAUUGGAACAGAGCCGGAUUCAGAUGUGCUCUCAGAAAUUAUGCACUCUUUUGCUAAGGUAAUGUACUUUACUUUUCUAUCUGUCUUGCAAUCUGUUUUCUAGACUGUUUUCUUACAACAAAUGUAAUUUUAAUAAAUUAAUCGCAGAAAUGCAAUUGAUGCUUUUUUUGGUAUUGAAUGUUUACACUUAGAACAGGUAAAAUCCAUUACCAAUUUGUUUGUUUUUUUUCUUAAUCAGGGAGUUAGACAAUUAAAUCUUCUUACAGCUGGGUAGCAGGAGCUUUGACACUGUGUAAUUUGCCCUGCAUUGGUCAGCCUGUCCAUGAUGUCUGGGGCUGGCAUGCUGUUUGUUCUGACAGCUGAUGCAAAUAUUGAAGAAUACUGUUCUAUCCAGCCAUGUAAAGAGUGUUCCGUCUGGCUAAUUAGUAGUUUGGUUUUAUUUAUUUUAAGAAUUGCUGAAAGAACAGAAUCUAUGCACCAUAACCUCUUCAGUAAGCGUAAGAUAAAGUGGUCAUGAUGCUUAGCAUGACUCUUUAAUAUUUGCAAUAGAAAUCCCAUAAAAGAAGACUUGGUAUACUGGUAUUUAGACACACACCACCUUUUAUAUAGCUGGAUUUAGUGUUCUAAGAGGUUAUGGCCCAUCCAAUUUAAGAUACACAGCUACACUUGCAAUUUUAUUAAUUGUGUGGAAGUACAUUACAAUUCUCGACUACUCUACGUUUUUGAAAGGAAUAUGUCCAUAACUGGAAAACACAUGUUUUACGCCUAGUCACUUAUUUUACAUAAACAUACUUAUUUUAUUUUUGUCAGUGCAUUGAGGUUAUGGGAGAUGGAUGCCUUAACAAUGAACACUUUGAAGAACUUGGCAGUAUCCUGAAAGGCAAGCUAGAGGAGCACUUUAAAAAUCAGGAGCUGAGGCAAGGUAGAGUAUUCGCUUUCUCGUCUUGCUGCAAGUUGCCGUAUAAUUGUGACAAUUGAUGUAAUCUACAUUUAAAGAACACUGUUAAAAAUACUUCUCUAUAGUAAAGUUUAGCUGUGCUGGGCAUUAAGACACCAAAUGUAAAGGACUUGAAAUUGUUAUUAAAUUAUAUACGUGGUGUUUUUUAUUUUUUUUAUUUUAGUGAAGAGACAAGAUGAAGAUUAUGAUGAACAAGUAGAGGAAUCAUUACAAGAUGAAGUAUGUUUAAGACUGAAUAAUUGCUUUUUAGUUUGUGUAAUACUCAUAAAGAUCCCUAUUGUGUCCCCAUAGAAUUACAUAUGUUCAGCUCACUAGAAAUUUAUAUAAGGACACCUUUGAUUUUACACCGGCAUCUCUCAUCAUAUUGUGGGAUAUAUUAUUAUAUUUUGUAUAUUUACAUUACAACUGCAAUUAUCUUUUGUAUCAGCAUGUGGCACCUAUUGCAAUGUUCCUUUCUAUGCUGCUAAUUUCCUAAUUUACCUUAAGUUGGCUAGAUUUAUUUUAACUUCCAUUACAGAUUUGUGUUAACACUUUUAAAUUAACUUAAAUGUUCAGAUUGUCAUUUGUGGGCUUUAAAUCUAGUGUGUUAUACAUAUGUCGCAUUCAUAAUUUCUGAACUUUACCUUUAUUUCCUUUUUUUUUUUUUUUUUUUUUUUUUUUUAAUGAUGUUUACAUCCUGACAAAAGUAUCAGAUAUUUUGCACUCUAUAUUCAGUAGCUACAAGGAGAAGGUGUUGCCGUGGUUUGAACAGUUAUUGCCUUUAAUCGUUAAUUUAAUUGUGAGUAUUCCAUAUUUAAAAGACAAUUAGAUGUAAUUAAUAUUUUGUUUGAUUCAGCUAUAUCGCAAGAACCUCUAAUAUGUCAUUGUGUUCUGUUUAAUUACUACACAUUUUGGGCCAUUACAUACCACUGUCAGAAGUAAAUGUGUGGUCAUUGUUUCUCCUUUCAUUGCAUUCUAAUCCCAUUACAAACUGGCAGUGUAAAAUUAGGUCUGUUACAUCGAGAUACCAUACACACAGCUAAAUUAGGAAAUGGUGAGCCAGUGAACACUGAAGACAUUCCAGGAAUAUCAGUGCAAUGCUGGCAAAAUAUGAAGUUCCAUCAAGCAAUCUGUAUCCUUGGUGGAAUUUUGGUCUUUGCAGCUUUCUCCUCAGUUUUCAAUACACUGUCACAGCUUGGAAUUCUAUAUUCUAAAUUGUAUUAAAGCAAUCAUUGCUGGGUGAGGUGAAUUGACAAUUAAAGGAACUGCACUCCGAGGUAUUACACCAUAACAUCUAAAGUAAGUUGAAGUGAUCAUGGUAUCAGGUGUCCCAUAAUACACAAAAUUUUCCUGUUGAAACAACUGUUAGUGUUUAGUUUAACAGUGAGAAUUCAAAUAACAUUUCAAAUUCAAGGCCAGAGUAGCCGAACUGAAAGCACAGCUAGCGGAGAGGUCUACAGCAGUACAGCUAUUUUGACAUUAAACUUGACAUUCACCUUGAAUUACAUUAUUUAAACAAAACCAUAUUCUUGUGUGGAGCAGAUGAGAGCAAUGACCUUUAUAUGUCUUUAAUGGACCAGUUUAGGCACCAUUACAACUUCAUCGAAAUUAAGUUAUGGUGCUAGGAAGCAAGGGGUUAAACAGUUCUUGAAUAGUUAAACCCCAACGUCUCUGUACCAGUACCUCUGUCCUGCUGUUUUCUCAAAAUGGGGAAAUAGAAGGUUUUUGCAGACUUGGGCAGCGGCGCUGCUCAUUAUUGUUUUAUAUAGUGCCAGCUUUUUUCGCAGCGCUUUACAUUAAAAGUGGAUUUUAAUGUCAGCUGUCACUCUUAGCCAAUCGAUCACAACCCAUUUGCGAAAACCCUUAUUAUGAGCCAGUGCAAGGGACCUCGUGGCACCAUAACAACUGAAUGUUGAUGAAGUUGCUAUGGUGCCUGAAGUGUUCCUUUUAAUCUAGUACUGUAAUGAAAUGAAUUGUAGAGUGGAAUUUAGAGGACCGUACAUUUGCGUAUUUUUACCCCUGCUUAAAAUUAAUCCUAUUUACAGCAUUUUUCGAUUAUUAAAUGUAUAUAGAUUUUGUUAAAGUAUAAUCUGGAACUAUAACUCUUCUAAAUGCAGCAAUUAAUGUAUCAGUACAUAAAAAGAACUAGUGAAUUCCAACAUAGUCAUAACGUGCAUUUACAAAACGUUUUAUAAAAUUCAUAAACAAUGUACAUUAACAAAAGGAAUUGAAGUGCUUAUUUCUGUAGCUUGCUUCAACUAGACCAAAAUGUGAACUAAGCACUCUUACAGUGACCAAGACAAUAAGUCAUACACAUUUUGUUUCUUACAAUUGUGUUCCAAGUUUCCCUGUUCUUGGGGUGUAAAUUUUGACCCAUGUGGCUGCAUUCUUCUUCACUCUUGAAGUACAUAAGCAAAACUGCUUUAUUCAAUCCACUGAGUAGUAGUCAGAGGCAAUAGGCAUUGUGAUAUACUUACUAUGUGUCUGCCUGGACAUCUUUUAGUUCUAAUGCAGGCUCUUUGGCUACCAGCAAGUUAGCUCAGACAAAACUAUCCUUGACUAAGUGUGUAGGUAAACGAAUAAGUGGCCCAAUGAGGCCAAAAUUGAUCAUACAUUUUUUUUAAAUUGACAAUUUUUAUUGUUUCGUGCGGUGGGGGUACAGAAAGGAAGAAGGAGGGAGGGUAGGGGGGGAAGGGUGGACAGAUUUCAUCAAUACAUAUUAACAUAUUAACAACUCUCAUUCAGUUGACCAUGAGUAUUCAGGCUACUUAUACCGUUCGUAGACGGUUUGUGACCAGAAGCCUUGUCUUGCAUCUUUUGUGUGUCAGAGCGGGAUGGGUGUGCUCCCCACUCGAUCCCUUAUGGGAACUAACAGGAGGGGUCUCAUCCUCGCUCUCUAUUCUCGCACCUCUUGCGCUGUUUCCCACUGAUGUGCGAGGCGCUUCUGCUUUUAUGUGGUUUGUACAUACAGUAUCAUUGGUAGGUUACAUUUACGUUUCUCUAUCACCCGAUCUCCAUGAGUUCCACAUCUCCCAUGCUGCUUGUGUGGUGUUGGAUGGGGGGAACAAUGUUUUGAAGCUCGUUUCAAACGUUCUUUGUGUGUCCAGGUCCUCAAUGACCCGUUUCAUACCAGGGGUAGUUGUUUGUUUCCAGUGUUGAGCAAUUAAGCGCUGUGCUGUCAACAUUAUAUGUAACAGGAGUUUUUGCUUGGCUCUUGGUAAGCUUUUUGGGAGGUCGGUUAUUAACAUCUGACGGGGCGCAAAAGGAAUAGAGCAGCCAGACGCCGCUUGUGCAAUUUUAUGGAUCCCCGCCCAGAAAGUCUGGAUGCGGGGGCACGUCCACCAGACGUGCAGGACCGUGCCCUCAGCCCCAUUGCAGCGCCAGCAUGUAUUAGAAGUGGCAGGAAAUAGUUUGUGCAGCCUGCACGGUACCAUGUACCAUCUAUAUAAUGUUUUAUGGCUUUGCUCCAGAUGGGCGGCUGAUUUGAUCAGGAGCCUGGGCAAACGGAAUAUGCGCUCCCAGUCUUUUCUCAGGAGGGAGCAGUUUAGGUCCGCUUCCCACAUUUGCGCUGUUUUUGAGGCAGCGAAGGGUAGAUGGCGUGACAGGAGCUUGUCGAUCAUACAUUUUAACGUUCUGUUAAUGCAUGGAAUUUCCAUUGAAGUAAUUAAACACCUAAGAUUGAAGCCAACGGGAUACCUAUGCCAACUAACUUUCCUUUCAAUUCCAUAUCCAGCUACCCUGAUGCAGGGCAAUUUGCUUAUAACGUCUUUUUGUGCACGAAGAAACACAAAAUGUAUUACGUCUCAAAUGUAUAUAUUAAGAGGAGAAAAAAAAAUACAAAAUGGUCCCCAUACCACCUAUCUUUGUAGUGUAGGCUGAGUCCUUACAGGGACAGCAACAGAAUUUUUUUUUUCUACUUUUUCAUUACUUUUCCAGAGGUUGACACAUGUUUAAACCACUUUGGGUAAGCAGAGUGGCAUACGGGUACAAUCUGCACCAUAAACUCUUGCACUUUAGUUGUGCUUAAAGUAACCAUUUCAUUCUGGAAAGGAAGAAACAUCAGAUUGUGAUGCAGUGGCCUUGAAGCUAGUAUUUUGGAGUCUGGAGCAGAGCACCCUGCUUUAGGAAGUACAGCUGAGCUUCCCAAUCGUGGGAAGUUGAGUAGCGGGGAUUAAGUAUAGGGUGCUAUAGUUAAUUUAAUGGAAAAGAUAUAAAUGACAACAAAUUAGGAGCCCAGGCAGUAGUGAUGUAAAUGCUAUCUUGUCAUUAUUUAAUGUGAAGUGAAAAUAAUGUGUAAUACUUUAUGUAAUGUGUUAAAUUUGUGUGUAUUAACUUUGUGUAUUGCUCUACAGUGCCCUCACAGACCAUGGCCAGACAGGCAAUGGGGUCUCUGCAUUUUUGAUGAUGUCAUAGAGCAUUGUAGCCCAUCGUCCUUCAAAUACGUUGAAUAUUUUCUAAGGCCCCUGUUGGAGUCCAUAUGCGAUAACAGUCCUGAAGUUCGGCAAGCAGCUGCGUAUGGUAGUGGAGUAAUGGCACAGUUUGGAGGUGACAACUAUCGACCUUUCUGCACAGGUAUGAUUUGGGUUUUGUAUUUAACAGCUGUAAAUUUAACAGUAUGUGCUGAAAAGCCUCAAAGCAGCAUAAUGGAAAACACAUGUAAAUGGAUGAACUUGAUAGGUUUAGAUAAGUGUGACAAGCCCUGAAAAGACAUGGAUUUGGUUGAAGAGAAAGUAGGGGUAAGAGAAGUAAAAUUUGGAUGAUUGAAAAUACUUGUGUGAGAAGUUCUAUGACUUAAAUAUAUAGUCUGAAUGCUGGCAUUUGAGUACACUUUUCAUUAAUUGUUUUGUUUUUAACAUUAUUUUAGAGGCUCUUCCCCUACUUGUUGGGGUUAUCCAGGCACCUGAUUCUAAAACCAAAGAGAAUAUUAAUGCAACAGAAAAUUGCAUCUCCGCCGUAGGGAAAAUCAUGAAGUUCCGUUCUGAUUGUGUAAACGUAGAGGAGGUGCUGCCCCACUGGCUGUCAUGGCUGCCACUUCAUGAGGACAAAGAAGAAGCCGUUCACACAUUUAACUUCCUGUGUGAUCUAAUUGAAAGGUAUAUUACUUACCAUAGUUUUCUGCUUUAUUUCGAAUAUCUUAUCUUCAUCAUUACAAUGAUCAGAAAUAUUGAGAUCAACUCUAGCUUUGGACAUUUUGUUGUUUUAAAUGUAACUUAGUGUCGUAUUAGGAAGGAAGUGUUGCUAUUGAUUGGAUUACCUUGGCCAAUUUUUUUUAUUUAUUUUCCCAAAUAUGUUGAAAUUGCAGCUCCAAACUGUUUUGCAUUUCUUUUGUGUGUAAAUGGACAAUUAUAUACAAAUGAUAGUCAGAAGUUAGAAAAAUAUACAUACAUAUAUCUAUUUCUUAUCUUCACAGUAACAAUCCCAUUGUGCUAGGACCCAACAAUUCAAAUUUACCCAGAAUAUUUAGUAUUAUAGCAGAUGGAGGCAUCCAUGAAUCUAUUAAAAAAGAGGACAUAUGUGGUAAACGGCUUGCUAAUGUAGUUCGACAAGUACAGGUGAGUGAUACAUUUUUUGGGGGGAAUAAAAUCUUGAGAUACUUUUUGAGGGUGUUUACAAAUUAAUAUUGACACUGGGAUCUGAACUGUUUUGGGGACCAUCACAAAGAGGGGGGCUAUAAGAUCAGGUGAUGACAGACACAAGGAAGAGUGAAAGGCAUGCUGUGACAUACAAAAGUGAUGCACAACACAGACAGGCUGGAUGACACACAGAUAUAUGGCAUGUAGAUUACUUUACUAAGCUUUCACACACUAUAAAAUACAAUCAUUAAGAUUUUGUGGGAGAAAAUUGAAGUCUGGGGAAAAAAAAUACUGAUAAACAUUUUUUUUUCUUUUUAGGCCUCAGGAGGAUUGUUUGCAGAAUGUGUAUCACAACUGAAUGCAGCCCAGCAGAAAGCUUUACAGGAUCUGCUUAGUACUGUGUGA